AUGCUGGCUUCUCUUGAGUCCAGAGAAGUGAUGCUAGAAGGCUUCACCGGCAUCUGCCGCGUCUCCCGAUGUUCCCCAGAUGCUGUGGAGGAGAAGGAGGAAGAUUGCAAAUGUAGGGAGGGGGAGGGGCGAGCGGGUGGGCGAGGAAGGAAUCGGCAGCAGAGAGGGGGCAAGGGAUGGGCUGGGGUGUCCCGAACUGCCUUUUCAAAAUGUUGGACGGUAUGUUUUAUGUCAUGCGACAGAUCAUAUAAAAUGUGGAAAUCAUGAGGUAAGGAAAUGCUGUGAAAACAGAAUGAAGUGCCACUGUUAUUUCCUCCCAGAAGGAGAGUGCCUCUCACACGGGGGGGACAACUUUAAUAAAAUACAGCGGUACCUCAGUUUUCAAACGUAAUCCGUUCCGGAAGACCGUUUGACUUCUGAAGCGUUCGAAAACUGAAGCGCUUACUUCUGGAAGCAUUUACUUAAGGAAAACUCAAUACAGAAGCCAUGUGGCACGUUUGACUUCUGAAAAGCAUCCGAAAACCGAAGCAGUUACUUCCGGGUUUCGGCAUUCAAAAACCGAAAUGUCCGACUUCCAAGAUGUUCAAAAACCAAGAUCUCACUGUAUAUGCACAAUCAAUUACAUGAUGUGGUGCACACACAUCAUUUGAAUGGUGAUGGCCACCAACUGUGGGGGGUCCCACCCCCCUCAGAUAUUUUAUGGGGUGGCUCAAAGACCCUUUGGCCCCUAGUCAUUGACUCCUAUGCUCUCACACCCCCGUAGUGCCUCUCCCAGGGCUUCACCCAAAACAUUUCUCCACUGUAGGAGAAACACAAGGUGGCUGGCAACUCCCAGGAGAAAGAAAAGGCAAAUCUCUAAAGGCCUUUUGUUUCGGAGACAUUUCUGUGGCUCUUGCUUGCAUAAGACACCAUCUAAGAUUUCCAAAUCUCCAACCGUGCCUGAAUUGAAGCAAAAGGAAGCUGUUCGCUUUCUGGCCCACCUGGGUCCAGGUUUGUGCCAAGACCUGUCAUUCACCAGGCCUCCUUGAAAAUGCCGCUGUUACGUUGGCAGCGAAAAAGGCAGCUCCCCGUUUUAAGUGGUUACCAGACUCUGCCGUUGGCUUAGAGAAAGAAAAACCAACAAGUUCGUACGGAAACUUGGAAACAAACCCUGUCACUCAGAACACUUCAUGUUAAUGCUGUGGAAGAGCUUGGGUUGCCCUUACACUACAGGGUGUGCAUCAAAGCAGAAGGUAUUGCUGUAUGCGCAUACAAAUUAGUCAGUAGGCGACUCUAGAAGAAGAAGGAAAAGAGGGGGAGAGAAAAUGUUUAACAUUUUUAUUAUUUUUCUUUGGCUGGAAACCACACAGGGUGAGUGCCUCGAUCAUCUACUUCCAAUGAUACAAACCUGACUACAUGGUCAUAGUUAUUUAUUUCACUAUAUGAGAUGACCAGUGCUUGUGUGUGUGUGUGUGUGUGUGUGUGUGAGAGAGAGAGAGAGAGAGAGAACGAGAGAACUCACCAGUAUGGAGUACCACAAUGUCCUUUUUUUGCUGCCUCCGGCAGCCAUUUUGUGCUGAUAAUCACAGCAUUUAUACCAAAUAGAAGUACCAGCCCCUCAUUUGUUAUCCCCUCUUCCCCCAAAAGCACUGGAGAUGGCUCCUCUUUACGGGGCAGAACCCCCCAUGAGCUAACUGACAGGUCCCUCUUGAGCUAACUCAUUUUUCUAAUCAACUGGCUUUUCUUUUGCUGCCAGACCAACCACUCAUACUCCCAAGAGGGACAGCUAUUCAGGUUGCUAAAAAUGGAUGAGUGCUUUGGGGUUUGCAGAGCUAGUAGGAAGAGCCAUCCUGGAGCCUUAGCUAGUGAGGAGCUAAUUGCCAAAAAUGGAAUGAAAUGUGAUAAUAAAAGGAGUAAGGCUCAAAUGGCAUGUUGUUAUAUUAACUGCAUAGCUAGCAUCUACACCUGGUUCCCCCCUCUCCCUUUUCUUACUGGGUGUGGAGGGGAUUUUCACCAGGAUUGGAGUGAAUGGGCAUUAUUAUUAUUAUCCCACCUUUCCUUCAAAGAGCUCAAGGUGCAGUACAUCAUCCUCUCUGCCUCCCCAUCUUCUCCUCAGAACAACCUGAACCGUAGUGAGAAUUGUACGAUUGGAAGGGACCACAAGGGCCAUCUAGUCCAACCCCCUGCAAUGCAGGAAUCUUUUUGUCCAAUAUGGGACCCCAACCCACAACCCUGAGAUUAAGAGUCUCCUGCUCUACCAAACCCCCAUCUCCAAGGUAACCAGACUACAAUUACAUUCAUUUCUAGUUUGCCCAUGAGGACACUUUGAUUUGUUCUGAGUCCCAAACCUAGCUGAAAUCUGGUUUUACUGGAUCUGCCCAACGGCUGGUUAUGAGCACAAUUCCAACAGCAUCAGCACAGGUGAAAUCUCUCUCUGCAAAAGCACUGCACUGAUACAGAGGGGGUGGAAUAUUAACAUGGUCUGAGCUGCUAUGGUAGUAGUAGUAGUGGUGGUGGUAGAGAAGUGGGCGGUGCUGUGGUCUAAACCACUGACCUCUUUGGUUUGCCGAUCGGAAGGUCAGCAGUUCGAAUCUCCGCAAUGGGGUGAGCUCCCGUUGCUCUGUCCCAGCUCCUGACAACCUUAGCAGUUCAAAAGCACACCAAUGCAAGGAGAUAAAUAGGUACCACUGCGAUGGGAAGGUAAAUGGCAUUUCCGUGUGUUCUGGUUUCCAUCACAGUGUUCCAUUGCACCAGAAGCAGUUUAGUCAUGCUGGCCACAUGACCCAUUUGUCUGUGGACAAACUCCGGCUCCCUCGGCCUGAAAGCGAGAUGAGUGCCACAAUCCCAUAGUCACCUUUGACUGGACUUAACAUUCCAGGGACCCUUUACCGGGUGUAUAGUAGUAGUAUAGGUAAAGGUAAAGGGACCCCUGACCAUUAGGUCCAGUCGUGACUGACUCUGGGGUUGCAGCGCUCAUCUCGCUUUACUGGCUGAGGGAGCCAGCGUACAGCUUCCGGGUCAUGUGGCCAGCAUGACUAAGCUGCUUCUGGCGAACCAGAGCAGCGCAUGGAAAUGCUGUUUACCUUCCGCCGGAGCGGUACCUAUGUAUCUACUUGCACUUUGACAUGCUUUUGAACUGCUAGGUUGGCAGGAGCAGGGACCGAGGAACAGGAGUUCACCCAUUUGCGGGGAUUCGAACCGCCAACCUUCUGAUCGGCAAGCCCUAGGCUCUGUGGUUUAACCCACAGCGCCACCCACGUCCCUAUAGUAGUAUAGCAUGUCCCUAUUUUCAUGCAGAAUGUUGGAGGGUAUGUAAUACAGUGCUUUCAAUAUUCAGCGAGUUCUUUACAUACAUUGUCCCUGCUCUCCUUUGAACAGCCUUGAAAGAUAGGUCAGUAUUAUGAUUAGAAACAGGCAACUCACAGUGGAUCGAUUGGCUGAGAAAACAAGCUGAAGUAUUUUACACCGAAAUAGCUCUGCUUAUUUGCCAAAGCCAACCCAACUUUAUGAUGACGCACAGAACUGUGUCCUCUAACUUCCAGAGUAAAGGGGAUGGCAAGCAAAUACAGGGGCAUUGCAUGGGGCAGAAAGGGGGAGAUUAGAUCUCUCCCCCAUGGUCAGACCACCAUUCCCGAAGACCUCCGGGUAUAGGGCAGUAUAUAAAUUCAACUAAUAAUAAUAAUAAUAAUAAUAAUAAAUAAUUGCUACUGCUGCUGCUUCUGCUGUCCCAGCUAGUAAACUUUGUUUAAUUCAUCUUUUUAUUGGAUUUUAAUGUAAACUGGAGAAGAAUUCUGGAGCCUUGUAAAUGCUCAUAGGGCCCCUCCAGACUGGGUUGGGGUUUUUUUUGCUUUUUUCUGUGGGUGUACUCUUCAACAUGCCAUUGACACUGUCUGUAAUAGUGCACUAAUGGUGAAUUUAUACUGGACUAUUUGCAAGGCAUUUUGCUUUGUUAGUUGUUCUGCAAUGCUACUGCAUUAUUGCCAUCUAGAGGGGCACUCUUGCACUAUAGCACAUCAAUAAUGGGGCAAAAGCAGUGUUAGAAUUCCUGCUCCGUGAUUGCAGUCAUGGGAUUGUUGUCUAUUACAUGACGGUAUAUGUUUUGACUCCAUAGAUUGGGAAGUGACAGAGACAGGAUGUUUGUGUUACUGUGUUCCGUGAAGUGGGACUAUUGUCCUUUGUCCUUUUUCUCUUUGCUGUCUGAUGCUAGAGAGAGAUGGAGCCAUGUUGCAGUGCUCCAUGUGUGUUUAUAUGUAAAUAAAGUAGAUUAGCCAAAAUGCUGAGUUGCUGAGUUCUGUUACGCAUGGUGCGCAAACUCUGCGGAUCCCUUUUUUUUUUUUUUUUAAUGAUAUUUAUUCCAAGUUUAGGAUUACGAAAAAGAAAAGAAAAACCAUACAAAAUAGAAUAAGCAUAUAACAAAAAACAAACAGUAAAAAAGACUUAACAAAAAAUAUAAAGAUGCAUUACAUUAAAAUAAAGCAAAAAUUAAACCUACCUAACCUUUUUUCCCUUUACUUAUUUCCAUGACCUCCUCUCACCUCCCAGCUUUGUAUUCUAGUUCAAAUCGUAUUUCCAGCAAAUCCUUCUAACCUUCUUUUCAUUUACUUAUUUUAACAUUCAAUAGUGUACUUAAUCCUCCUCUAUUUCAUCAAUUUCCAUACCUCAUUUUUACUUAAUCCAUUAUAUCAUAUCUGCCAAAACGACCUAAUAUUCUUUUUCCAACCUCUUUCUAACAUUCUUUUAUAUUGCAAUAUUUUUGAAGAUAUAUUUUAAAUUUUUUCCAGUCUUCUUCCAUCGACCCUUCUCCCUGGUCUCGAAUUCUGCCGGUCAUCUCAGCCAAUUCCAUAUAGUCCAUUACUUUCAUCUGCCAUUCUUCUCGGGUAGGCAAUUCUUGUGUCUUCCAGUACUUCCCAAUGCGUAUUCUUGCUGCUGCUGUCGCAUACAUGAAAAAAGUUCUAUCUUCCCUUCGCACCAAUUGGCCGACCAUGCCCAGGAGGAAGGCCUCUGGUUUCUUCAAAAAAGUAUAUUUCAAUACCUUUUUUAAUUCAUUAUAUAUCAUUUCCCAGCAGGCCUUGAUCUUUGGGCACGUCCACCAAAGGUGAAAAAAUGUACCUUCAUUUUCUCUACAUUUCCAACAUUUAUUAUCUGGCAAAUGAUAGAUUUUUGCUAGCUUGACUGGGGUUAAGUACCACCUGUAGAUCAUUUUCAUUAUAUUUUCUCUUAAGGCAUUACAAGCCGUAAAUUUCAUACCUGUGGUCCAUAACCGUUCCCAGUCAGCAAACAUAAUAUUAUGUCCGAGAUCUUGUGCCCAUUUAAUCAUAACAGAUUUAACCGUUUCAUCCUGUGUAUUCCAUUUCAGCAACAAAUUAUACAUUUUUGACAAAUUCUUAGUUUUAGGAUCUAACAAUUCAGUUUCCAAUUUGGAUUUUUCCUCCUGGAAACCAAUCUUUUUAUCUGAAUUAAAAGCCUCCCUUAUUUGAUAAUAAUGAAGCCAGUCUCGAACUUUGGUUUUUAGUUUGUCAAAACUCUGCAGCUUUAGUUUAUCUCCAACUUGUUCUAAAAUUUCACAGUAUUUUGGCCAAUUUGUCUCCAUAUUAGUUUUUUUCAACGCCUUAGCCUCCAUUGGUGAUAGCCACCUUGGUGUUUUACUUUCCAACAAAUCCUUAUAUCUCACCCAAACAUUAAACAGUGCUUUCCUGACAAUAUGGUUCUUGAAGGCCUUAUGCGCUUUAACCUUGUCAUACCAUAAGUAUGCAUGCCAUCCAACAAACUCUGCGGAUCCCUAAGUGUGCCAGUGUCAGUUGGCAUCCGUCGCUGUGAUGUUCAGACUGUAGAAAGCUUUUGAAGCUCCUGAACAAUCGACCAGGAGGGAGAGAACAUGCCAGUUGGGCAUGUGUUUCUACCAGGGUCCUACUCGAGUGUAGGCUGAGCUCCUGACAAGCAGAACAUUCAUGAAAAGUUGCAGGAUUCCAGCAGUGAAUUACAGGGCAUGCAGUGAUUGGAAACAAAACAGUAUUGGAACUUCCACAGGCACAAAUGGUAUUGAAAGCUGGAUACCGACCCUUACAUCAUCAUGAGUACAAACCUUCAUGAAUGCACAAUAAAAUGGACAUCUUGAACAUUUCUUUGUUGUGAGCACAAUACACCCCCUGGACCCAAGCCUGGAUUUCUCAAUAGCCUGAAUUCUGAUCCCCAUGGGUUAUAGAUGGGGGAUGAGACUGAGAGACAGGGGCUUGCCUAAGAUCACCUAGUGAAUUCAUGGUGGAGAUUAUAUCUGAACCAGACACUUGCUGGAUCUCAACUCACACUGCAAAUGUAUCUGCAUCUACUCAGAAUUAAGUCCCAUUGAAGACGUCCUUGCAAAAGGCAAGAGCCUGUUUUGCCCUCAAGCUCCCUAUGGCCACUAGUGGAGAGGACCAGUUGAUAUACAGCUGCCUGCAGGAUUGCGAACUGGGACUGACUGCAGGUUGGCUGCUUUAAAACGACUCGUGUACAAAUGUAUGCAGUUUUAAUCAAUUAAAAGAUGGAUUAAUUGGUUAAAGCUCGCAGGAUCAAUCAAGACUUCUUUAACUGGCUGAUACCCCUUUAUCUAUUUAUGUGCUUUUUAAAAGGAACAUCUGGUUCAAAUGGCUAAGAUGUGAUGCAGGAAACCAGCUGCAUACACACCAAGCAUUUAAAGCACAUUUAAAGCACAUGACUUCUCCCAAAGAAUCCAUGAGGAUAGCAGUUUGUUAAGGCUGCUGCAAAUUGUAGCUCUGUGAGGGGCAAACUACAAUUCCCAAGAUUCGAAGAAGAAGAAGAAGAAGAAGAAGAAGGGGAGGAGGAGGAGGAGUUUGGAUUUGAUAUCCCACUUUAUCACUACCCUAAGGAGUCUCAAAGCAGCUAACAUUCUCCUUUCCCUUCCUCCCCCACAACAAACACUCUGUGAGGUGAGUGAGGCUGAGAGACUUCAGAGAAGUGUGACUAGCCCAAGGUCACCCAGCAGCUGCAUGUGGAGGAGCAGGGACGCAAACCCGGUUCACCAGAUUACAAGUCCAUCGCUCCUAACCACUACACCACACCAGCUUGAGAGAAGUUACAUGCCCUAAACAGUUUUAAAUGUAUGGUGUGUACACUUUAAUCAUAAACCCUCUUACCUGAGAGUAAGACCCACUGUAAACAGGAUUUACUUCUGAGUGGACAUGGUUAUGAUUGUGCUGCAAGUGCCUUGUUUUGUUUGUUUCUAAUAAAGUAAUAAGUUUAAUAUUGGCAAACGGACUGCAAUGCGUUGAAAAACUGAAAUAGGUUAAAUGAUGAAAAGUGUCAACGUGGUAUAUAACUUCUCUUUCAGGUCUCACGUUACUCAGCGUAAUGUCUGAAAGACCUCGGCCUUUGGCAGAAAACACACCUGAGCAUACGGUAGUAACCAACAUCACCGUGGUUGUUCCUGACCACAGUUCUUUAGUUGGGGGACCAGCCAUAGUUAAUGCUUACCCAAUAGAGCACCCCUUUGUCAUUACUCCAAAGGGCACAGAUCAAUGGCAGGUGGGUAUUUGUACUAAAUGGAUAUAGUUAAUUACAUCUGAUCAAAACCCCACAUUGCCCAUUGGAAAUACUGUAUACUGUAUACUCCUUUCAUUUGUGGCAAGGGCCUGGAACUUCUUGGAAACUUCCAUUCCCAGAGCUUAUUUAUUUACUUAAGAUGUGAGGAGGAAGACGAUGAAAGUGUAACAAGAUCUGACAGAAGCCAAGGCUUACUGUUUGUCCAUGUUAUUUGUGAUGCUCUAUUAUGUUUUAGAGGGGCAAAUGGGGCUCAUCAACCCAGGAAGGUAGCCGAUCUAGGUGAAGGAAAAGUCUGAAGGAAAAGGGCCUUCGCGGUAGUGGCACCCACCCUGUGGAACGCCCUCCUAUCAGAUGCCAAGGAAAUAAACAACUAUCUGGCUUUUAGAAGACAUCUGAAGGCAGCCAUGUAAAGGGAAGUUUUUAAUGUUUGAUGUUUUAUCGUGUUUUUAAUAUUCUGUUGGGAGUUGACCCAGAGUGGCUGGGAAACCCAGCCAGAUGGGUGGGGGUAUAAAUAAUAAUAAUAAUAAUAAUCCCAAAUCUCCACUGCCUUGCAACUAUAUUCAUGGAAAGGCUUUGGGAGUAAACUCUGAGGAACAGUGCUUUCCCCCUGGGGGUACUCAAGGGUACACAGUACCAGCACCUUUGUUUUAUAGAAGAAAAGCACUUUUGAGGAACAAUCAAUACCUGCUACCUUGUGGAGUAUCUUUGGGAGAAGAAAGGGUUAAGGAGUAAACCCCACACAAAUCUGGAGUCCCUAAGGCAACUGCCUAAGGAUGGCACCUUGUAUGCUUCCUUCCAGCAACUCCUGUAGCCAAGCUGGUGCUAAAUGUAUUGCUCUGCUUUCCUUUGGGACGAGAGGCCGAGAGGCCUUGUCAUCUGGGCAACCCAGGACCUCCAUACACACUGCCCAGGCUUGCGCCCCAGGGAGGUCACUUCGGUGAUGCUAACACAGCAAAAACGGCAUGGGAGGCAGUAGUUUUUAUGUCUUAUUAUGAUAUUAUUAUUGGUUGUUUGUAAGCUGCUCUGAGAUUCAUUUGAACGAAAACAGUAUAGAAAUACAAUAAAUCAAUUUAUGGUCAAAUCAUCAUUCAAAAGGAAUGCUCAAUGCAGGGCCGGCCCUACCAUUGUUGUUGUUGUUUAGUCGUGUCCUCGUGUCCGACUCUUCAUGACCCCAUAGACCAGAGCAUGCCAGGCACUCCUGUCUUCCACUGCCUCCCGCAGUUUGGUCAAACUCAUGCUGGUAGCUUCGAGAACACUGUCCAACCAUCUCAUCCUCUGUCCUUACCAUUAGAUGGAGUGAAUUGGCUGCCUCAGGUAGCAGAUACUGAGGGGCAGGGAGUGGACAGAGCAAUGUGUACCACAUGGCCUGCCCUGCACCAGGGCCAACCCAAGUCAUUUUCCUGCUUGAGGCAAAGGACAAGAUGGCUCUGCCUUCCCCAAUUCCAAAUUUGGAAGCAUACCAGACUGGCAGUCAAAUACAACCUAUAAGCCAGAAAUGGAGAACAUUUUCAUCCCAAGGGCAACCUUCUAGAACCUCUCAUGGGCAACUUUCCAGAGGAUGCACAUCAGUGGUGGGUGUGGAUUAAAGUGAUCAUUGCUACUAUGCGGUUUUCUUCAUGAAUUAACCCAUUCAUUUGAAAAAAAAAUUGUGAUUAGUGGUUUAUUUGCUAACUGAUUCUUCUUCAACUACUAAUGUACGAUGAUCCAUUUGUAUUUUUCAUUGAUUUUUUUUUUCCCAUUCAGAAACCGCAAGCUGAUUCCUCUACAUGUCUUGACGAGUUGACAAACUCGACAGGUGUUUAUUUGCUAGUUCAUUUUAAAAAUGGACUUGUCGCUUAAGAAUGAAUUUGUAAAGUAACAGUGGAGGAAAACAGUUGCAGUUUACCCUUGCUGCGGCUGUUGCUUUGUGUUAUAUAUUUAUUUUUCCCUGACAUCUUUUAUCAUGCAUCACCGAGCAAUUGUGCUUUCCUGUAUUUUGCAUUAUCAUAUCAUUACCCAUUGUCGAGCUCCUCUCUCCUUGCUCGUUUGCUUGACAAUUAUUCCUUCCACCUAGGAGGGGGAUCUGGGCAGUCAGUCAAAUAAAACAACAGCCAUUUCGCCAGGAAACAAUAGUAAGGCAACAAAAUGCACUGAUUGCAUAGGCACACCAGUGCGAAAAGAGGCACGGAACGCUCUGCUCUAUAAUCUGCCAAUUGCUACCUGUCAGAGCACAAUUAGCUACAGAAAAUAAGCCGGGAAUGUGGGGUGUUAAACUGAACUUGGGAUGGUGUUUGCGUCUGUCUCUUAUUAAUUUUUAUGACGGAAGUAGCACUGAGCUCAAAUAGAAAAGAACCUUGAUGUACCAGUAUAUGCUGCUAUGGUGCCGCUCCUGACUGUGUAUCAUCCUUUCAUUACCUGCGCAGUGUCUCCCUAGACCCCCGAAAGCUUUCAUGUUGAAGCAUGGGCUUGCUGACUUCAACGCUGCUUGACAUUAGGUGGGCAAUAUCACCGUGGUUCUUUAGAUGACUUCUAGGAACUUUUCUAUUUCGGUAGUCCCAUCCAGAAAUGUGAUUUGGUUAUGCUUCUGUUCUUAAAUCCAUUUCAGAUGUUUUGAUGUUUUCAGCAAAUUUUGUAUUUAUUUUAUUUGGAAUUGCAUUUCUGAUUACAGAUGCGUUCGCCAUCCUGGGCCCCUAUGGAAGGAAAAGGGUGGGAGAUAAAUUUAAUAGAUACAGGAAGGAAGGAAGGAAGGAAGGAAGGAAGGAAGGAAGGAAGGAAAUUCCUCCAGCAAGGGUCAGCUACUGCGCACUGGGUAUAGGAAUGCAAGAAUGAAAUAAAACCUAAUUUGACUACAUCUAGUUUGGAGUUUUCCCCGCGAUGGAGUGAGCUUCCAUUGCUCGGUCCCUGCUCCUGCCAACCUAGCAGUUUGAAAGCACGUCAAAGUGCAAGUAGAUAAAUAGGUACCGCUCCGGCAGGAAGGUAAACGGCGUUUCCGUGCGCUGCUCUGGUUCACCAGAAGUGGCUUAGUCAUGCUGGCCACAAGACCCAGAAGCUGUCUGUGGACAAACACCGGCUCCUCGGCUUAUAGAGUGAGAUGAGCGCCGCAACCCCAGAGUCGUCUGCAACUGGACCUAACGGUCAGGGUUACCUUUACCUUUAGUUUGGAGUUUGCAGGUGUUUGUGGAUGGUAAUCAUAGAAAAAAGUGCAAGAAGCCUCAAAGCUUAUAUGCAUUGCCUACCACUUGACCUCUUUCCCCAUCACCAGUGCUGGAUUUACAUAUAAGCUAAACAAGCUAUAGCUUAGGGCCCCACUCUCUUGGGGCCCCCCAAAAAAAAUUAAAGGAAAAAAAACCUGGGUGGGGGGGCCACUAGGGGCGCAUCGGAAGAUGGCUGACAAUAACAUCUCUCCGACCCACAGGGGGUAAUUAGGAGGCUGUGGUGGGAGUAAAUAGCCUCCCCCCCCAGGAUUGUGUGUGGGGGGGCUGCCCUUGCCUGCUGUGCCCUAUACCACCCCCGAAUUUGAGGGGAUGGGGGCACUAGGCAGAAUGCCCUCCUGUGGAUUUUGGCGCUCCUGGACGCUGUCUCUGAUCCAUGCCGCUAGCUGCAAGAACUUCAAAAGGAACAAUUAGGAAGAAGCGAAUGCACAUAUUUCAAGGAAGGAGGGGGAGUAAAGACUGCUAACUGAAGAGUUCUCUGAUAAACAAGACGAGUCGGAAGAACAAGAAUCAAUCAUGAGAAGACAGCCACGACUCGGUAUGGCAAAGGGACUGGAUGGGGGAGGGGGGGAAAAGUUUUCUUUCUUUCAUCUAUGUGAUUAAACAAGAACCCCCCCCCCCACAAGUCAGAAAUGCCGCUUUAAUGACUUAAGCUGUGGAUUUACGACUGUGUGGAGAUAAAGUUUCUAACCAAAGCAUGUUUUAAGAAGAGCGUAGAAAGUUUAAGAGCUCUGGAAUGACGCAGUUAAAAAUACCGUCGCCAUAUUGGAAAGCUCUGUCGGAGGACUUGAGUCUGGGAGGAGGAAAGAGCUGUUUUUAUACUGUGGGUGAGACUCCUCAGUGGGACUUAAGAACGACAGACCCUGAGAUUAAUGAUGGAAAGAGCGAUGUUAUUUAUGAAAGUGAUGAUAUAUGGAAACCAUCACGAUAUGAGGAUUGGCCGAAUGGAAAAAUCCACACAGGAUAUAAUUGGUGUUUAUCUGCUUAAGGAGAUUAUCAGAAGAGAGCAUAAAUGUACGAACAAGAUGAGAUGUAGAAACAGCAAGAUAAGACUGGAUAGAAUUAUGAACUUUAUCUGGACUGAUUUGGAUAUGAACGCAGUAGCAAGAAGAUGAUCGGAAUCCCCCUUCGAAACUUGAAAUAUGGGUCUCCUCAACAAAAAUUUAAAAUUCGGCUUUGUAAUUCGGAAUUUAUGUGAUGUGAUUUGAUUUGAUUGGUCGGUUAAUAAAAAUUAUUUUUAAAAAAACAAACCUGGGUGUACAUGUCCAAAAUAUAAGAUAAAAAAACAAAUAAAUUAAAACCUACACACAGCAACAGUGUUUUGUAGGCUUCUAUGAUGUAAGUAAUGGGCUCCGCCUGCUAGCCUACUCCCUAAAAUAUCACUGGUUUGCUCAUUUCUAUAUAUAUAUGAUGCCUACAUUCUGCAAGGACUGGUUGCAGGUCAACAUGUGCAAAUGGCUUGAGAUACCUAUUAGGUCCAUAAAUUACCAUAUAGCAUAUAUUCAACACAAAACAAUAGUGACAAUUUGUUGUUGACAAAGGACAGCUGGACAUAUAAAGGGCCCCAUUACUUUCAGUAGCUUAGGGCCUCAUCAAACCUAAAUCCAGCCCUGCCCACCAGGCAUCAGAAGUGCAGCCUCUGUGUUGCUGAAGAUGAAGGCACUGACAGACAUAUUACCUGAUCAUAUAAGCACAUUUAAAAUAAUGUAAAACAUUUCUUGGGUUGCACCGGUUGUUGACGCUUCCAAAAAGGCAGUAAAGGCCCUGUUUGUGCAUGCAUGGAUAGUGGUGGUAUAGAGUAGACUAGACUUCCUCAACCUCGGCCCUCCAGAUGUUUUGAGACUACAAUUCCCAUCAUCCCUGACCACUGGUCCUGCUAGCUAGGGAUUAUGGGAGUUGUAGGCCCAAAAAAUCUGGAGGGCCAAGGUUGAGGAAGCCUGGAGUAGACUGUACAAUUGGUAGAGCAGAGAAGAAAGUCUAGGCUCCAGGUUUUAGGUCAUACAGUGACAGGGAACCUAUGGCCCUCCUGUUGUUGGAUCCAGCAUCCCACAGCCCUGACCACUGGCUAUGCUAUCUGCAGCUAAGAGUUGGCAUCCCCCAAAAAUAUUGAGGGGUUCUCUAUCCCUGAUACAGUAGAUCUCAUUCCCAGGAUCUCACCACACCGUUUUUUUUUAACAGAAUAUGCAUCUCAGUGGUGCUUUCUUACAUAGGCACUAAUGGGCAUAGCCCCCUUGGUCACAGUGGGCGAGUUCAUAUGAAUGCCUCUCAACAGUCUACAAAUUAGGGCUCAGUAUGACUCAGCUCUUGAGGCAGAGAAGACAUAAGUGACAGCUGCUGAACUGCUAGCUUCACAUCCAUCUCAGUUUUGCUGAACAGGGUAAAAUAAGAAAAAUGCUACAAGUUGGAAAUAGUAGUCUGUGUAUUAUUAUUUUUAUACUCACACUUAGUUUUCUGAGUUUCUAACCUGUCCAGUUGAUGACCACUGCAUUACCCAAGUUGGAUUUCGAAGCCACCAGUCUCUACACAAUUCCCAUCCUUGUGAGAGAUGACAAGGGGAGUUCGGCUUCUCAGACCAUCUUUGUCCAGAUUGUCGAUGUCAACGAACCACCUGUCUUCACUGGGCUUUUGACUCAGCCUAGCAGAGGUAUGAAGCAACUACAUUUUGAUGGCAUGAUCAAUGGCUGGUUUCAAAAGGUUCACACCAUCUGACCUGUCUUUGACCCCCUUCUGCCAAUAUGAUCUGGUCACAUACAGAUAAGACUACUGUAAUGUUCUUUAUAUGGGGAUGCCUUUAAAGACAGACUGCAAACUUCAGCAGGUUCAAAUGCAGCUGGUGGAGUCCUGAUGGGUGUAAAGUUUCUAUAGCACCUAUAUUAUACAAGCUACACUGGAUUCCAUUGCAUUUCCAGAACCAAUUCAAGCUACUAGUGUCACUCUUCAAAGCCCUAAACAGUUUGUGGCCAAACGGAUGAACAUCCUGCACCUAGACCAUUUUGCCUGUGCAUUAAGAUCUCCACCAGAGAUCCUUUUGGUGUGUCUGGGGCUUAAAUCUGUAGGAUGGGUAACACCAAGAAAGAAGGCCUUUUCUGUGGUGCCACCACACCUUUGAAAUACCCUCCCAAUGAAGCUAUACCAGAUAGGGUUGCCAUAUUCCCAAAAGUGAACAAAGUUUUUAUUUUCUUCUUACUCAAAGUUGUUGAGCUUUUGGGGGGAAUAAUAUUAACUCCCCUUACCAUACAUUUUGCCGAGUGGCCGAAAAUCCACCUGGGUGUCAUUUUCCAGACAUAUGGCACCCCUACGACCAGCAGGCUACAUCUCAGGUUUUUCAGAAGGUCACAGGCCCAUUUACUUUGAUUGCCACUCCCUGUGUAAUUUUUUGCCCCAGUCACUCAGUGGAAAGUUGGAAUUUUUCAUUUCAUUUCACAUUUAAUUUGUAAAGCUGAAGAAACAAAGAAUGUACAAUCAAAUCCAAUACAACAAUGUGAUAAUAAAACAUAACUUUAAAAUAAGCAACUAAUAUCAAAUAAAGUAAUAUUCAACAAUCCAUUAGGAUAGUAUAGAAUAUUAAAUAUCAGCAUAUGAUAUUUAAUGGACAGCUGGAAACCUCUCCCCUCACAGUUCUUCCUCUAAACACAGCUCCCUUAUGAGGACUCCUAGGGCUGGAGGAUGAGGCAAGUAUCAUGCUACUGGAGUUCUGAAUUGGCUUUCUCUUCCUGAGCAUAGCAGUAGAGGGGAGGUCCAAGUCAUGGGGUUGCUACAGAGAAGCAAUCAUAGCUCCGCCUCGGGCAAUAGUGUGUUUUGCAUUGGCCCUGCCUUUCCUUUGUUCCAGGAUGAACUCUCCCGGAUCUUGGUCCCUUUUGCAAAUCUGUCCAUGGAAGACAGACUCUGGGUCCAACUUUUGCUCCUAGGAUGACUUCUAUCCAUGCAGAAUAUCCCAAGAAGGGGUAGAAAACACUGUGUCCUCCAGAUGUAACUGGACUCCAAAUCCCAUCAACCCUAGCUAGCAUGGCCAAUUCUGUUUUGAUUGUUUCAAGAUUUUAACAUUGCCUAAGGGACGGUGUGAGGGGCAGAAAUCGAAAUAAAUAAGCCCGUGGGUGGGAAUUAAAGCUGCCAGAUGAUGAGAUAAUAAUAACAAAUGAAUGAUUCAUCAACAAUAUUUAUCUGCAGCUCCUGAAAUUUAUAUCACAGAGGAUACCCUGCAAAACACUGGAAUUUUUAGAGUCACUGCCAGAGAUCCUGAGGGAGCCCCUCUGAAGGUAAUUCUCAAUAACUCUUAGACUUCUAUAGCUUAAUCUACGGAAAUAAGGUGGGGUCUCAAAUUACUUUUCCCCACCCAUGUUCUUUAAAUUGAAUACAGUGGUACCUCGGGUUAAGUACUUAAUUCGUUCCGGAGGUCCGUUCUUAACCUGAAACUGUUCUUAACCUGAAGCACCACUUUAGCUAAUGGGGCCUCCUGCUGCCGCCGCGCCGCUGGAGCACAAUUUCUGUUCUCAUCCUGAAGCAAAGUUCUUAACCUGAAGCACUAUUUCUGGGUUAGCAGAGUCUGUAACCUGAAGCGUAUGUAACCCGAGGUACCACUGUAUAGGGGGAAUGGACAAGGCUUCACCUCUGUUUGUCGUGUGUGACACAGAAACAGGCAAUGUAGCACGGUGCUUAAGAAUGUCAGUCUGGGACUGGGAAGACAACUCAACCAUGGUCUUGGGCCAGUUGCUCUCCCUCUCUCCUUCUAACCUCCUUCACAGGAUCGGUCGUAUGCACUGACUUGAGCUUCUUUGAGGAAAGACGGGUUAUACAUGUCUUAAAUAAAUAAAUCCCAUGGGCGCGUCAAAAUUGCUAACGUGAACAGCAGUGAUGCAUAUGAUGGGUUGGAGACCAGGCCCUCCUGACACGGGUGUCGCAGCUGCUUAGCUGGUUGGGAUUGGGGCACUGUGGGGCGGGGUAGCAGCGGGGCACACAGGACGCUGUUGUGCUCAGGUCCUCCUCACAGGUGUCCAGGGCCAUCUUUAGCAUAUGUGGCACCGGGGUGCAAAAAACUGCCCAGCGCCUCCAUUUGUAUGUUUCCGAGCACAAUUCAAAGUGUUGGUGCUGACCUUUAAAGCCCUAAACGGCCUCGGCCCAGUAAACCUGAAGGAGCGUCUCCACCCCCAUCGUUUAGCCCAGACACUGAGGUCCAGCUCCGAGGGCCUUCUGCCGGUUCCCUCACUGCGAGAAGCCAAGUUACAGGGAACCAGGCAGAGGGCCUUCUCAGUAGCGGCGCCCUCCCUGUGGAACGCCCUCCCACAAGAUGUCAAAGAGAACAACAACUACCAGACUUUUAGAAGACAUCUGAAGGCAGCCCUAUUUAGGGAAGCUUUUAGUGUUUGAUGUAUUACAGUAUUUUAAUAUUUUUUGGAAGCCACCCAGAUGGGCGGGGUAUAAAUAAUAAAUUAUUAUUAUUAUUAUUAUUAUUAUUAUUUGGGGGGACAGGCAAAACUUGCUGAGCUUUUUUUAGGGGGGGAAGCUCAGAGUUGUUGAGCUUUUUUGGUGGAGGCACACAACUCUCUCCCAUGCCGCUGCAGGUUUAGGGAGGGAAGCUGUGCGCCUCGUGUGAGCAGCAUGCGUGUGCUGGGCAGGCCUCUCAACAGCCCGCCAAUCCCAGGCGCGCAGGAGGGCAGAGCCGGCCAGCUGCCUCAGCGUCUGCAGCAGAAAAGCCUGCGGCGCUCCAACGGGCUCUGCUCUGCUUGGCAGCGGCUGUCAGCUGCCCUGGCUCUUCAAUCCCCGGACUCCAAAUCUUGGCCCCAGACUCCAGGCCUGGCACCCCUGAGAGCCCAGCGCCCAGGUGCCCCACACCCCCGGUGCCUAUGGGUAAGCCAGCCCUGCACGUGUCCCAACGGGCACCUGGUUGACAACCGCAAUAACAUUUGCACUGCAUUGCAGGCCCACCAGGCAUGAAGAAAUGUAAUUCCAUUUUUUUAAAAAAAGUUGCUUGUGUUUCUUGCUGCUCCUUAGGCCAACGCUCCCACAGAGAGAGAGGGAGAGGGAGAGACAGGGCUGAGCAACAUAACUGGGUGGUUUAAAGUGCAGAAUGGAGCUGGCAGGCCGGGGAAAAGAGAAGACAGCCCCCUUGCAUCUGGCUCCUGACCUGAGAUUUCGCCCCUUCCGACACGUUCUCCAAAAGAAUUUUAGGUUCUCCCUAAAAUUUCGGGCCAUAUAUUGUGCCUUGGCAGCCCCGCAUUUUGGGGAUACUUUAUUAGGAGAUUCAUUUCAAAAAUAAAAUAAAAUAAUUAGUCAUCUCCACGAGGAGUAAUUACAUAGCAAGGAACGAUACUUUAGCAAUACCUGUAAUUAAGGAAGAGUUUGGAUUUUAAUUAUAAACUGCCAUCUUCCGUGGUUGAUAAUUCAGCUCUGAAACAAACUUUAAACACAAGCAAGGCAUUUUUCAAGGUAUGGAACAGGCCAUCAGCUUUAUUUAUGAUUAUAGCUUGUUCCCUUGGUUGUUUUCUUUUUAAAAAACAAAAAACCUUUGGGGAAAUUCAUGCUAAGUUUUUCAAAUGCUAGGCUAGAAUAUAUAUAUUAUUAAAGAAUGUAUGUAAUGUAUUUUUAAGAAUACAUUAUUCAAAACUGUGGAUGUUCCGCUAAUGAGCAUGACUCCCUCAGGUCUACUUUUGCUCUUGUUUUAUGACAUUAUAGCACCAGUGGGAAUUGUACGACUCCAGCCCAGAUUGAAUGUUGUUACCUUCUUCAAUGCAAAAAAUAAAAAUAAAAAUAAAGAUAUCCAGCCUCAGGUCAUACACCCAUUCCCUUUGAACAAGUGGAUUCCGCAUGAUAGAUCAGUCCUCGUGAAGUGGAAUUUAGCACUGUCUUUGGGCAGCUGGGUUUUAUUUCAGUGGUGUUGUUACUAGGAAUGGGGAAGAUCUGUCCGUUUUGUUUUCUCCCAGUUUCUCAUUCUUCAGUUCUUCACGUUUCCACCUCAGUUUGAGAACUAUUUCCAGAAACAGCAAUUUAUUUUAAAACAAACAAACAAUUGUUGUUGUUGUUUAGUCGUGUCCGACUCUUCGUGACCCCAUGGAUCAGAGCACACCAGGCACUCCUGUCUUCCACUGCCUCCCCCAGUUUGGUCAAACUCAUGCUGGUAGCUUCGAGAACACUAUCCAACCAUCUCAUCCUCUGUCGUCCCCUUCUCCUUGUGCCCUCCAUCUUUCCCAACUUCAGGGUCUUUUCCAGGGAGUCUUCUCUUCUCAUGAGGUGGCCAAAGUAUUGGAGUCUCAGCUUCACGAUCUGUCCUUCCAGUGAUCACUCAGGGCUGAUUUCCUUAAGAAUGGAGAGGUUUGAUCUUCUUGCAGUCCAUGGGACUCUCAAGAGUCUCCUCCAGCACCAUAAUUCAAAAGCAUCAAUUCUUCAGCGAUCAGCCUUCUUUAUGGUCCAGCUGUCACUUCCAUACAUCACUGCUGGGAAAACCAUAGCUUUAACUAUACGGACCUUUGUUGGCAAGGUGAUGUCUCUGCUUUUUAAGAUGCUGUCUAGGUUUGUCAUUGCUUUUCUCCCAAGAAGCAGGUGUCUUUUAAUUUCGUGGCUGCUGUCACCAUCUGCAGUGAUCAUGGAGCCCAAGAAAGUAAAAUCUCUCACCGCCUCCAUUUCUUCCCCUUCUAUUUGCCAGGAAGUGAUGGGACCAGUGGCCAUGAUCUUUGUUUUUUUGAUGUUGAGCUUCAGACCAUAUUUUGCACUUUCCUCUUUCACCCUCAUUAAAAGGUUCUAUAAACAAACAAUUUUAACAAGUGGGACCGGCAGCAAAAGGUUGCAGAGAAGUGUUCCUGUUCAAUGAGCCAGCCAACCAGCCGUGCCCUUUUAGAGGGUGCACCAUUAGAGCGUUUCCCAAUUCUGUUUUUCAGUUCUGGCUUCUGGCUUCUGGGUUUGUUUCAUUUUGUUUGCUUGCCCCCCUCAAGAGUUGUUUGUAUUUCUGCAGACACCCCCAAGCAUGCUGAUACCUCCUGCUCGUUUCUCAGUGGCUCCAUAUUGUGUUUGCUACUGGUGUAAUUAUCCAGUAUAGCUAGUUGCAUACUGUAUAUCAGAAGCACAGGCACCCUGUGGAUUUGGGGGAGUUAAAAUGUGUUGUUAAAGUGUGGAUUUGUGGAGAAGGUGGCUUUUACGAAGGAUGCUGAAGAACAGAGGGUGCAAGAGCACGUUUUCCAAAUGUAGGACGGUGUCAGGCUUCGAGGACUCAGCUUCCUCCGCCCCUUUGGCCGUAGACAAGCAGGACAAAGCAAAAAGAGUCGCUUACCAUUUAAAGAGUCUUUAAUGAUCACAGCAAAAGAACAAAGCAGCCAUUCUCGGAAUGACGGUGUUCCCAGUUAAGGUUUCCACCCACUUCCCCCCUAGUCACUUCCGCGCCUUGCAACCUGAUCUUGCAACCACUUUGCUUUCUAGGCUGCCACCUUAUCUGCUCGUCGUGACCUUGGACUGGGCAGAUGUAGACUUUCAAGCAAGAAAGAGAGUCAGUUAACUCUCUCUCUCUCCCAGUUCUUCUUCUCCUAGCUGUUCGCCUCCCAGUUCUUCCCAACUUUUGUCUUCAGAACUAUGCCCCUCUGCAAACCACUGUUCCAAAUCUAUACUGUCCCACUGUUCCUGGGCAGCUUCAGGAUCCUGGUCAGGAGCAGGGGGAGGGGGAGGCUCCCACCAUUCCUCAUCAGAGCAGUACUCCUCAGCCUGUUUUCUAACAAAUGGUGAUAAACCACACACACUGGCUUUGCCCAGCUCGAAUAACAGGCAUGGAGACAUAGAAAGAAUAUGAAAGUACGAGCCAGUGUUGUUUCCCGAUCUUGCUGCAACCAUUUCUCCUGUCAAAAAAGAUAAGCCUCUCUUGAAAUGGCACAGCAAGCUCUGUCAGUGCAUACGAUGCCUGAACAUUCAUACCCUCCUUAAGACUCGAUCCCGGAAAUUCGACAACUACUACAGCAGAACAAAGGUGGUGGUGGUGAGUUGCAAACCAUAUCCCUGGGUUUUAAAGGCAAAUUGGCCACCAGGCGGCAGACUAGUUCACAACAUUGCUGACCACAGCAGAAAUGCCUUAGCUAAUUUUUCUGUGGAGUUUCCAUUUUCAGAGAUGGAGCUGUGCGCCCUUAGUGCCUCAAAUGUCAAUGGCCUACUAAUCCACUUUUAGAAGAAUCUGCACAUUAUUAUUUUUGUUAAUGUCGCUGGGUGACCUUAUCAAAUCCCACAGCGCUGAGAUAAAGCAUUGGUCGUAUUCAGCCAGCCCCACACACAGUAGACCCAUUGAAACCAAUGCAUUUCAGUUAGUCAUGUCCAUUCACUUCAGUGGUUCUACUUUAGGGAAAAGACUUGUGUUGACAUUUAAGCACUUUCUGCUCGGGCCCUGUUUCCAAUGGCCAAAUUCUGGUUAUGUCCGGGAAAUUCCAGACAUAUGGCAAAAUUAGGUGGUAAUACUGUAUCUAAAACAUAAUCCAGAUAAAUUUAGGCACUUUUAAAUCUCACAGAUUUCAGUGAGAGGUAAUUAACAUGUUUGCUCUCUCAUUGAAACCAUUUUGGAUUGAAAUCACUUGGAUUGAAAAAUUGCUUUCAAUCCUUAAUGUGUCCUUAAUGACUUAAAAAAAUUUCCAGGGAGCAUCAGCCUGUCCAUCUGCUGAUAAUAAAGUCAAGCCAAUUGCUCUAAUACAGAGGCUAUUUGUGUUCUCGCUUGCUGGCUGUGAUGGUUCCAAAAACUCAAGCAGGAAACUUCCUUGUUCCUCCAGCUGACUUCCAGUCUUCCUGUUGCCUAGUAACCAUGUGAGUCCUUUUGUAAACAGAAGUAUAUCAGACUGUAACAAGCCAUCAGCCGCACUUUGUUUGUGAGGGCGGUGGGGUGGGGGAAAAGCUUUUGUGACAUAACUCUUCUCUUUCACAUUAAAAGAAAGCCAAUCCGUAUGAAUUUGCACAAUGGUCUUAGGGGACAGCAGUUGGUCUUUGGCGAUGGCAUUGAAAUAGCAGGCACAGGAGUGACCCAAGCCAUUUUGCUGCCUGAGGUGAAGGACAAGGCAUUCCCCACUCCGUGCACAAAAUCUGACUAGGCUGUUAACUGAACCAUCUUUAAGCACUGGUGAUGGAACAAAGCUCCACCUCCACACCCUAGGGAAGGAAUGUAGACUGCAUGGCCCACAUUUCAAGCCACUUUCUGCUCCUCAGAAUUUUCUGCCUGAGGUAGCUACCUCACUUUGCCUCAUGGAAGGGCUGGCCCUGGGUGGAAACCUGGUGGAAAGGAGAGAACCUGUGGGACAUGGUUAUUAUUAUGUACUGAAGUUCUCACCCUGGGCCAGCAGGGGGAUACUGUAGAUAGUUUUCACUCAGGUCCACAUAUGCAAAUAAGGGAUUGAAAGUGACGUUCAGUGAUUGGAUAGUUACAGAAAGUUGCUGCUGUUGCGUUGUAGUGGAGCUCUAUAGAAGCAGGCUGACUGAACCCUUCAGUUCAGUUCUGUGAAUAAACAAGAGCUGUUUGAAGAAUCGCUGUGUCAUCUGAUAUGUUCACCCACAACUUAACAGUUAUCUCCAGCUAUAAACUCUAUAAGGACAAGGAAGGAUAUACCGGAAGUACUCUGUGUGUCAAGAAGGAAGGCGUUAAGUCCAGCAAGCCAGAGACUCCUCUCAAGGGGCAGACUCCUCCACAGAAUCAUUGCGGGUGAUGAUGCUAUUGUCCCCCUGAUGUAAAUCAGAACUGGAUCUUUAGGGAGUUUACAGAAGGAUUUCUUCUUCUCUCCCCAGCAAGUCCCCCUGUGCCACAUCCCACAGGCCCCCUCCCGCCACUCUCCAGAGAGGCUUAUGGGAGCAAGGGAAUAGAGGGGAUGAGGAUUUCCUUCAUUUGACUUACUAUAGGAUUUAAAUCAAAAUCAGAAAGUAAUACAAAGAGCCGGUGACAACCAAAAGCAAAUUCAGCCACCCUCCAGAAAAGCCAGUCAGAAAAUAAAUGUUGCUUUAUGAGGGGAGAGGGGAAUAACAGUUCAAUAGAUUUAUAUAGAUUGUAUAGAGAUCUCUUCUACUAUUGAUACUGUCCUGUGGGUUCACUUGCAUAGGGAUGGACUGGGCAUUCAAACACAGCAAUACUUCUAAUAUAUCAGAUUAUUCUUUGCUAUCAUUGUUUUCCAACCUCUGACAUUUUGCAUGAACCGUAACAUUUUAAAAAUUGAUGCCACCCUUUCCUACUAGUUCUCUAUCGAGAUCUCACCGAACCUCACAGUAUUCAAGAUUGAUGGUGCAGGGACAAUUUCUACGACAGAGACCUUCAGAUCUGCACACAGGGAAAAGAGGUAAGCAGAUAUCUAUUUUGUGGUUUUAUUUUGUUCAGAAGCGGAGAAAAUCCCAACUGUUUUUCAUUUAAAAUUAUUUCCCGCAUGUGGUUGCUUGUGGGGGGAACAAACACUGCAAGAGCAUUUGGAGGAAGGAAGAAGGAAGGAAGGAAGGAAGGAAGGAAGGAAGGAAGGAAGGAAGACAGCUUUUCCUGUGACAUGAGGAAGGACAGUACAAGUUUUGAUUUUUCUUUAGCAACAUACUGUUCCAUUUUAUUAUUUGUGCAUUAUGUGUAUCAUCUGACCCGUCUACUGCAAUUAUUAAGUUUGCAGAGGACACCACCAUAAUGGGGUUAAUAACAGGUGGAGAUGAAUCAGCGUAUAGAGGGGAGGUCCAAAAAAUAUCUACAUGGUGCCUAGGGAACAACUUGCACCUUAAUAUCAGCAAGACAAAGGAGAUGGUGUUGGACUUUCGGAGGAAGAGAGGAGAACUAGCCCCGUUGUACAUCGGAGAGGGCUGUGUGGAGAGAGUCUCUUCCUUUAAAUUCCUAGGAGUUUAUCUCAGUGAAGACCUUACUUGGAAAAUCAAUACAACCCAGGUGGUUAAGAAAGCCCAACAGAGACUCCAUCUCCUCAGAGUAUUGCGAAAGAACGAUGUCAAUCAACAUUUGAUGAUCUCCUUCUACCAGUCCACAAUAGAAAUUGUCCUUUCAUACUGCAUCACAGUGUGGUACGCUGGCUUGACAUCAACUGAUAGGAAGUGCCUACAGAGGGUGGUGAGUACAGCACAAGAUAUUAUGGGCCGUCCCAUGAAUCCGCUGGAUGAAAUAGCGGAAGAACGUUGCCUCAGGAGAUGAGGAAAAUUCUAAGGGAUGAUUCACACCCUGACCGGCACUUUCUUGAUCUCCUGCCCACGGGCAGAAGAUAUAGAAACAUGAUUAGUCGCACCAACGGGGUAAAAAACAGCUUCUAUCCAUGGGCUGUUAGGCUGCUGAAUGAAAAGAUAACAACAGGGCAACUGACUUUCGGGUUUGGUGUGGGAGGGUGUCAGUAAAUGAAGGGAAAUUAAGACUAAGAGAGCUGAGUGGGGGGUGCUCGUGUAAUCUCCCUAUAUACAAGUUGUACAAGUGUCAAUAAAGUAUUUCAAUUUUUCUGGACCACACGAUGAAUCACAGGGCAGUGCAUAAAAUAUCAUAAAAACAAUAAAGUAACCCUGGCAUCAAUUAAAACAAUUCAAAACAUAAAACAAUGCCAACUGGGCACAAUAACUACACUUUGCUUCCACUGGUGGAGGCAGGUGUGCCCCUGAAUACCAGUUGGUGGGAAUUGGUGAGAGUGGUGAGAGUCCUGUUGAACUCAGGUCCUGUUUGUGGGCUUCCCUUGGUGGCAUUUUCUGGUUGGCCACUGUGAGAACAAGAUGCUAAACUAGAUAGACCCAUGGCCUGAUCAAGAAGAGGAUUUCCGGUGAGAAGAGGUGGUCAGUGGGUAGAGGUCUCUUUUUUAAAAAAAUAAAAAUUUAGCAAUGACUUGGAUGAUGGACUCAAGGGCAUCCUGAUCAAAUUUGCAGAUGACACCAAACUGGGAGGGGUGGCUAACACCCCAGAGGACAGGAUCACACUUCAAAACGACCUUGACAGAUUAGAGAACUGGGCCAAAACAAACAAGAUGAAUUUUAACAGGGAGAAAUGUAAAGUAUUGCACUUGGGCAAAAAAAAGAGAGGCACAAAUACAAGAUGGGGGACACCUGGCUUGAGAGCAGUACAUGUGAAAAGGAUCUAGGAGUCUUGGUUGACCACAAACUUGACAUGAGCCAACACUGUGACGCGGCAGCUAAAAAAGCCAAUGCAAUUCUGGGCUGCAUCAAUAGGAGUAUAGCAUCUAGAUCAAGGGAAGUAAUAGUGCCACUGUAUUCUGCUCUGGUCAGACCUCACCUGGAGUACUGUGUCCAGUUCUGGGCACCACAGUUCAAGAAGGACACUGACAAACUGGAAUGUGUCCAGAGGAGGGCAACCAAAAUGGUCAAAGGCCUGGAAACGAUGCCUUAUGAGGAACGGCUAAGGGAGCUGGGCAUGUUUAGCCUGGAGAAGAGGAGGUUAAGGGGUGAUAUGAUAGCCAUGUUCAAAUAUAUAAAAGGAUGUCACAUAGAGGAGGGAGAAAGGUUGUUUUCUGCUGCUCCAGAGAAGCGGACACGGAGCAAUGGAUCCAAACGACAAGAAAGAAGAUUCCACCUAAACAUUAGGAAGAACUUCCUGACAGUAAGAGCUGUUUGACAGUGGAAUUUGCUGCCAAGGAGUGUGGUGGAGUCUCCUUCUUUGGAGGUCUUUAAGCAGAGGCUUGACAACCAUAUGUCAGGAGUGCUCUGAUGGUGUUUCCUGCUUGGCAGGGGGUUGGACUCAAUGGCCCUUGUGGUCUCUUCCAACUCUAUGAUUCUAUGAUUCUAUGAUUCUAAGUGACUUUUUCCUCAAGUCACCACUGAUCCUAUCAUUACAACCAACUCCCAUAGCAUUCAUUUUUUAAAAAAAGCUUUUAUUUAUACUUUUCAAGUUUAUACAUUUCAUUAGUUUUAUAAUCAAUUUAACAUUUCAAAGAAUUGACUUCCCUCCCCCUCAUUCUGUAGUUCCUUAAAUUUAUUUUUUUAACUCUUCUGCAUAUCCAAAUUCAUUUAAUUUGCUCAUUUAAUUAUCUACUUUAAAUAUAUACUCUUAUGAAACUGCAGGUUAUUACAAUAAUCCUGCCAAUGUUUUUAUCUGUUUGUAAGUUAUCUGUAAAUAUUUAAUAAACCAUUUCCAUUCUUUUAUAUAAAAAAGUUUAUCUUGAUUUCUUAUUCUUCCAGUAAGUUUCACCAUUUCUGCAUAUUCCGUAAGUUUUUGUAUCCGUUCUUCCUUUGCUGGGACUUCUGCUUCUUUUCACUUUUGGGCAAGUAGUAUUCUUGCUGCUGUAGUAGCAUACAUAAAUAAAUUUCUAUACAAUUUAGGUAGUUCUGCCCCUAUAAUUUCCAAAAGAAAAGCUUCUGGUUGUUUUUUUUUUAAAAAAAAGUUAUUUUGAACCUCCUUUUCAAUUCAUUGUAUAUCAUAGCCUUCCUGUGACUCAUAAGGAGUAACAAAACAACAGGUGUGUCAAAUCAUUACAUCACCCGCUUCCUGACCCUUUCAGUGUGGAAGUUCCACAUCAUGUGGUCGUAUCACGUGACAUCGCCCCACAGUUUAGUCAAGGACGUAAAUCAGGGUGAGUUGGGAAGCAAAACUAAGGGAACAAAAACAUUUUGAUUUUUGCCCAAAGCUUAGAAGAACAGUUGAUUCAUGUGUGUAUGCAAAAAUAAAUUUAAAUUAGGCAUUUGAAAAUGACAGGAUGGAAAAAAACUAGUAUUGCUAUUAAUAGAUUUCUUGCUUAUUGCAGGGUUUGUUUGUUUUCGUUCAUAAACUUAAAAGACCUUCAGCUUUUAGCUCUGUAUCUAUCCUUCUGGUGGGAUUCAGGAUGUGCCUGAAUUCAGAGGGGGGUGGAGGGAGCCUGGGAUGUCUAAUUAAUUCUAACUACCUCAAUGCUGACCUCACCAGCCCUUGCAGGAUGCAACAGGGUUAUAGCUGUAUGUUAAUAAGGCUGAACUACAUUAAUUAGUCAUUUCCCUCUACCUGCAUAUUAAUACCGCCUGGUGUUGUUUAAAAAUAGAAGGUGUGUCUUUUUUAAUCAGAGCAUUUCUUACUUGGAUGACUUGGAAAUGCAUGAACAUGUCUAGGGAAAGUAUGCAUAUAUCCCCUCUUGCUCCCUCCUCUUUGUCAAGUGGAAGAGAGACUGUUACCCAAAUGAGAUCUGGAAAGCUCUUCAUCAUAUUCCCAAAGAGACUGCAGAGCUUUCUGCUCAUCCAGAAGAAACUUUCUGAUCUAAUUAUUCACUUUCCAAUUACAGGCACUCAUUGUUUAUCAUUCUAGUUUUACUCCAGCAGGCUAAAGUAACAAUUGAAGCCACCACUUGCUGUACCUUUCAAAGCUGAAACAAAAUAUUGUGAGAGACAAAGUUUCUACUCUAGAGAGUUUUUCAAUUAGAUGUGAUUUAACUAGCUAAGACAGACAAAGAGAAGAUAGAGAAAUGGUACUAUACAGAAGGAGCGGAAAGUUGCCCAUGGACAUAUUCGGCUUUCUGUGUAGGUCAUUUAUUUAGAGGCUGUUUCUGCUGCAUUUCUACAACACAAUGCCCAUGUUCAAACAGUCCUAUCUUGGCUUAUUUGGCUUAUUAUUAGUAAAGAGGAUGAGAUAAUUUCAUGGGACCUGAUUCAACUAUCUGGUCCUACUAGCAGAAGCCUGAGCGAGGACUUAUGCUAGCGCAACUGGGCUCCUCCCAGAUGCUUAGAAAGCUGAUUUGAGUUUUAACUUGUUUUAUUAUUUUAGACUUUUGUAUGUCUAAAAUACACACAUACAAAAUGUGUAUGUAUUUUUGUGAUUUUUUUCCUUUGUGAUAAUUUUAUUGUUUAAUCUCUUUCGUAAACUGUUUUGAGGUUUAUUGUACAAACUGUUGGAGGAAAGCAAAUACACUUCCUUCUCAAGAUGAUGAUCUAGCCUCUCUGCUUAUGCUUGUAGUCUAAAUUAACUCCAACCCUAAAAGCUGAGCCAUUUUGUCUACUGUUCUCUCCAGAUAAGAUGUCUUCUAUUUCCUCUUUCCACUCAUCCUGUAAAUCGUCCCUGCAUGAAUAAAGCCUUUGAAUUCCAAUCUAAUUCACCCCAACUGCAAAGUCUGUUGAAACAAUCAAGUGGUGUAUAAAUUUUAUGAGUAUGAAUAUAACAUAUAUAAAACCAAACCUCAGCAGAUGAAAUAGCGGCAGGGAAAACUAAGCGGUACCAGCCAACCACAGAUGAUAGAAGCAGUAAUCAGUAACUGAAAACAACUAUGCAAACCAUCAAACAAAAGCUCUUGGAUAAACCAGAAAGCCUUCCCUUGGCCCCUGAAGUAUAUUUAAUUCAAGAUAGUAGGUAGAGUCACAAUCAGGACAACAUUCCUAGGGUAGAGUUACUCAGAAAGCUCCUUUCCUAGUGGCCACUUGCACCACCUCUGAGUACAGGAACACAGAAAGUUGCCUUAUACUGAGUCACACCAUUGGUCCAUCUCAUUCAGUAUUGUCUUCACUGACUGGCUACGGCUCUCCAGGUUUUCAGACAGGGACAUUACCAGGCCUAUCUGGAGAUACUAGGGAUUGAGCCUGGGACCUUCUGAAUGCAACUCAGCUGUUUUGCCACUAAGUCAUGGUCCUUUCCAAAGCAAAGGCAGGGACAUAGAAUGGUGGACCUUAAGCUGUUUGGCAGGUUUAUAUGGGAAGAAGCCUUCUGAGCACCUGGCACCAAUUUUUAUUAUUUUUAUUUCUUACGUGCCCUUCACCAUAAAGUCCCAGGGUGAGUUACAACAAUGCAACAAGCAAUUAUGAAAAGUGGUAAAACCUUUAAAAUUAUAACAGCCAACGAAACCUUACCACCCUGAAUGGAACAGUAUAAAUUCAUCAAAAGAGGUGGAUUCCACAAAACCAAAGACCUUAAGAGUCUUCUGGCACCUUAAAUCCCAACAAGCUUAUUAUGGCAUGAACUUUCACGCAACACAGUCCAUUUCAUCAACUGCACGACUUACGAUCCUAAAUUGGCAAGACAGACACACGGAGGGGGGAGGGGAAGAGUAGAGAAUGCAGAGAAUUGAGGCCAGAGGAAAUGAAAUGUAAAAAGAGCAGAAAGUGACAGCUACCUGAAAGCAAAAUAGUUACAGUAACCAAUUAACAACGCAGCAGAGUGGCCAAUUAACAUGGUAGUGUUGGUACUAAUGCAAACAGCCUGGCAUUAGUAAACUAAUUAGCACAUGUAGUGUGAUUAAAAAAAAACACAACAGCACAGCAGCAAUCUUGAUGUAACCCACAGGUGACAUAAUUGAAUUGCUUGAUAAAGGUCAGUUACAGAGUGUCCUGGAAGAUUGAUAGGUGUUCCUGUUACUUUCUGGAUACCCCUGUUUCUGAUGUCAGAGAAUGGUGUUGGGGUUAUUUGGGGUGGGGGGAGAGCAGGAUAUCACUGCGGUAGAUAAAUAUAUAAUUUGUUUACAGCUAUUCAGUGAAGGUGACUGUUGCUGAUCCGGAAGGUCUCUCUGCGACUGGAUAUAUCAAAGUGUUUCUUGUGGAAGUAAAGCACAGUGGGGACGUCUAUCUUAAUUGCACGUAAGCAUCCAAAGUAGUGCUUGGUUCUAUAGGGUGUGUAUCUUGUGCUUGUAUAUAAUUGAUAGACUUUUUAAGAGACCCUUGAUGGUGGAAUAAAGUCUCUAGAGCUUCCUGUAGGAACAUAGUAGGACUGCGGGGCUGGGCUUGGAAUGUAGGAACAGCUAUCCAUUUUCUGCUGUCUCACCUGUGGAAACAGGUCUCAUUUUCCCCACCCCAUCCUAGUCCCAGUAUGGCCUCUGCUAGUCCAAAAGGUUUUGCAGAUUUCAGAGAUGUUACUAAAACUACUAUAGCUAGACUAGGGAUAAUAGUGGGGAAGAUUUUAUUAUUAUCAUUACGGUUUCAUUAUGCUGCUUUCAAGAUUAUUUAAAAAGGAAAAUGCACACAGGCACCCACAGCUAUCUUCCCUUCACAGCCAUGGAAAUAUAAGUUCCUUAUUGCCAUGUGUGGAAAACCAUAUCACCUUUCUGCUUGGGAGCACAGAUUGUCUAAAAAUCUGAAAUAAUAAGAAUAAUUUUAUUUUUUUUGUACCACACCCAUCUCUCUCUCUCUCUCUCUCUCUCUCUCUCUCUCUCUCUCUCUCUCACCCCACCCCCGAAAUCCUUCAGUUAUUGAUCUGUCCCCACCUAAGAGCCAGUGUGGUGUAGUGGUUAAGAGCAGUAGACUCGUAAUCUGGUGAACCGGGUUCGCUUCCCCACUCCUCCACAUGCAACUGCUGGGUGACCUUGGGCUAGUCACACUUCUCUGAAGUCUCUCAGCCUCACUCACCUCACAGAGUGUUUGUUGUUGGGGAGGAAGGGAAAGGAGAAUGUUAGCCGCUUUGAGACUCCUUAGGGUAGUGAUAAAGCGGGAUAUCAAAUCCAAACUCUUCUAAGCUCCUUAAAUAAGCGUAGUGGUACCUGAGAGAAGGAACUAUAGGCCUGAGAGUCCCCACUUCAAAACUUCCUCUGCCCAGUGCAUAACUAUUUUAUCCUCAUCUUCCCACUGUCAAUAUGGGAAUUAUAAAGCUGCCACAUCUUGGAUAAUUACUGUCAUAUCCACACUUGCUAAAGUGAAGACUGAGACUGUGCUGGCUCAGUGAAAAAGAUAUGAUCCACUGCUGAGCUGUACAUUGUAACUACUGUUUAUAAGCUGUGUUGCCUUUCUAGUUUUUUCAGUAUUGGGAAAGGCAGAUUGACUCCUAGGACAGAAGACUCGGUUUCAAUGGCUCUGGUGGACAUUACUUUGGAUGAAGAAAUUCCCAUUGGGAUGACAGUUGGCAAGUGCCAUGCUGCGGGAGAAGAUCCAAUGGAUCCUAUCACCUUCGUUCUUGAUCCAAGCAAUCCUUACUUCAUGAUUGACAAAGGUAAGCCAUGACGGAUGUGAAUCCUGGCAAAACCCCACCCCUACCCUAAAUCCUUUGUUUUUUUCUUACAACCACAGGAGAAGAGGACAGCUCACUGUCAAUCUACAUAAUUGUCCUGGAACAGAUGUUUUGGACUACAAUUCCCAUCAGCCCAAGCCGACUGUGCUGGCUAAGACUGAUGGGAACUGUAGUCCAAAAUAUCUGGAGGGCACGAGACUGGCAAAAGCUAGCUUAUGUGAAAAACAAAGGUAGCCUAGGUGUGUGGUGCAUAAGGGGGAGGGGGAUACCAUUAUUUCAGUGGGUGAUGGCUUUAAGAGGACCAACCAAAAUGUUGCAAAAUAUGAAGUUUGUAUCUUCUACAAGGGGCAGCAUAUCCCAUGGAAUAUGCAAAGAGCCGCUUGGGAUGUUACAGGGCAGGCACCAAGCAUCAGCAUCGUAGCUUAGGCAGCUGCUGAUACCCCUGUUGGAGGCCCACUGCCUAUCCCUGGAGUCUCCUAGUCCUGUUUCUGCUCUACUUCCUCUAAUACCAGGUCAGACCAUCAUUCUACGGUAGCUAAAUAUUGUCAACACUGAACGGCAGCUGCAUUACAGGGCUUCAGGUAGGACUUUUCCGAGCCUUAACCUGAGGCCUUUGGGAUGCCAAGGAUGUGUUGUACCAUGGAGCUAUGGUCUUUUACCAUUGCUGGUGCCCAUUUGCUUUCAGGCUUCUCUAGACAUCUGGUUGGCCACGUUAAGAACAGGAUGCUAGAUUAGGUGGGCUUUGGGCUUGACACAGCAGGGCUCCCCUAGUGUGCUUAUAAGUUAAAAUAGGAGUUUCUGAAAACUUAAUGAAUUCCAGAAUAGAAUACGCCAAGGAAAUGUUAACUGGAAGAGAAUUCUGCAACUGUGGGGCCACCACCAAGAAGGCCCCGCUCACGUGUUCAUUAACGUAACCAAUUUCAGUAAUGGGCACACAAGCAGAACAUCAGGCGGAGGUCUUAGAUUAUGGGCAGGUUCAUUGUUUAGUAAGAAUUACUAAAUGUUCCAGGCCAGGCCACAGAUCAUCAUCAUCAUCAUUAUCCUAACAACUAUUUUGCAGCUCGUGGUACUCUACUAAUUGCAUCUAGACUGGACAUGGAAGAGGCUGGAUUUAUCAGUGCUCAGUCAUUCACCGUUGUGGCUUGCAGCAGUACCUGGAGGUGUGCAGGCAUUCCUGUGAUAGUGAAUGUACAUGGAAUCAAUGACAAUGUGCCAUUCUGUCAUCAGUAUGUAUACAGGUGAGCUAGUGAGUCAAGAAAUGGCAGCAGAUGGUUAGCUAUGUUUUUCUCAUAAUAUAUUUUCCUUCACAUAGAUGUUCAAAAAAUAUAAAGAAGCUCAUUGACAACAAUCAAACAAAUGGGCCAAAGAAAUACCCCAUGCCAAUGGAGCAAAUGGAGCCCUGCCCCACCAUAUUCAGUCUGCCCCCAGGCAGCCCCCACCUGCCUGCCUUCUUUCUGACAAGCAGUCCAGUUGGUGGCACUGCCUGUCAGGUUCCAUUUCCUUAGUCUCAGGCUGCAAAUGCACAUUUUUCUUCUAGAACCAGUGGGGACUAAAUUCUUGCUUUGUCCUACCUAGUUCACACACAGUCUAGACCAGGCAUAGGCAAAAUCUGGCCCUCCAGAUGUUUGGGACCACAAUUCCCAUCAUCCCUAGCUAACAGGACCAGUGGUCAGGGAUGAUGGGAAUUGUAGUCCCAAACAUCUGGAGGGCCGGAGUUUGCCUUUGCCUGGUCUAGACUGAUUGCACCCCCCCCCCUCUGAAAAGCACUUGUCAAGCUAGUUCUGAAAAUAAAAGCUCAUUGCAGAUUGAUGCUGUAUUACCCCACAGUGAGCCUAUUUGAAAACAGAUGCAUGCUGUCUCAGCAAUGGGUGUAUGGGUGUGUGUCUAUACCUGACCAAUGACGACGUGGGUGGGCAUAUACCACGAUAGCAAGGGCAAGGUUUUGAAAUGCAUAAUCUAAUCAAGGGGAGGGUUUGUGGUGGUGCUGUGGGUUAAACCACAGAGCCUAGGACUUGCUGAUCAGAAGAUUGGCGGUUCGAAUCCCCACGACGGGGUGAGCUCCUGUCGCUCAGUCCCUGCUCCUGCCCACCUAGCAGUUCGAAAGCACGUCAAAGUGCAAGUAGAUAAAUAGGUACCGCUCCGGCGGGAAGGUAAACAGCAUUUCUGUGCGCUGCUCUGGUUCACCAGAAGUGGCUUAGUCAUACUGGCCACAUGACCUGGAAGCUGUACACCGGCUCCCUCAGCCAAUAAAGCGAGAUGAGCGCCACAACCCCAGAGUCGGUCACGACUGGACCUAAUGGUCAGGGGUCCCUUUACAUUUACAUCAAGUAACUGCACCCACCUGUCUCGACCGCAAGAUCUGCAAUCUUGUUGAGGAUGUGUGUUGAGAGAAACUGAUUUUUCGCUCUGCAAAAUAGGAAGUGUGUAGGCAGCCUCAGUGUUGCCCUUGUAGAACUCAGCAGGCAGGAGGAUAAGGGCAAAACUAGAAUUACCGUACUCACCUCUUUCUGUCUCUGUCUUUGUCUCUGUCUCCACCUGCUGUUGGUCUUCUUACCCACCCUGCAAGUCCCAAUGGGCACCAGCCACAACUGGCCAGCACAUACAGUGGUACCUUGGGUUAAGAACUUAAUUCGUUCCGGAGGUCCGUUCUUAACCUGAAACUUUUCUUAACCUGAGGUACCACUUUAGCUAACGGGGCCUCCCACUGCCGCCGCGCCGCCGCCACACGAUUUCUGUUCUCAUCCUGAAGCAAAGUUCUCAACCCGAGGUACUAUUUCUGAGUUAGCGGAGUCUGUAACCUGAAGUGUCUGUAACCCGAGGUACCACUGUAUUGUUUUAAGGAGACUUCAACCCACUUCCAUUUAUUCUGAAAAUUUGUGAGUAGCACUGUAGUGCUUACGAGAGGGGGAAAUCUUGUUGGAAUCCCCCUAAAAAUGUGAGGGAAAAGUAGUCAGGUUAAGUCUUUUCUUUCUGUUGAAUUGACUCUUACAAAUAUGUUUAAAAGAAGCAUUCAUGACAGUGCAGUUAUAGGACUAUAAAAUAGGGUUCCAUUAUACUCCUGCCAUGGUUGCACUUGAACUACUGGGUAUAAAAAAUUUCAGACGGAUUAUAGUCAGUAUAAAUCGCAGUGUGCCUUGCGAAGUUACACAUCCAGAUUCUCCCAGUCUGAGCACCUUGUGGAACAUUAUCUUAAAAUGAUAGGCACUAUCAUUAACGGCUUCUGAUUUGAUGGACAUUUAGAGAAGAAAACUGAGGUUGCUGGAACAAGCAUGUCACAUUUUGAUGACUUCCUUUUAAUCAGAUAUACCAGCAGAGAAGUUAUUGCAAUUAAUACAGUGGUUGCUAAUGUCAGAUGUCACGAUACGGACAAUCCCCCCGAUGAACUCCAUUAUGAACCCAACAGUGGCCCGGUUGGUGCUGGAAAGCUGUUUGAACAAGUUCCAGGUGCUAAAAAUGCCAUUCGGGUGAGUAAAUGAAGAUGUGGGAGAAGAUAAGUCAGGGACACAGGAGCUGAACAAGGGAGGAUCCAUCAUAGCUCAGUGGCAGAUUACCUGCUUCGCAUGCAGAACAUCCCAGGUUAGAUCCCUGGCGUGUCCAGGUGAAAGAAGCCCAUGGCAGGUCUGAAACUCUAGUCAGCCAGUCAGAACAGAAUAAACCAUAUUGGGCUAGAGGGACAAUUAGAUUGACCUGAUCUAAGGGAGCUCAUGGAUGCUACUGGACCUCCCAGGAUAGCUGGGGAAAAGAUUCCUUUAGUAAAAUGCACGAACUUUAGUCUGGCAAUGGUGGGGUUCUUCCCACCCCCCUUUUGCAGCAGAAUCAAGCCAAUUUCUGGUCUUAGCUUACUAUUUUUGAAUAUUUUGUUUUUAACAGUUUUUAUUGAUAAUCUUAUUCUUUUUGUAAACCAGUUUGAGGUUUUAUUACAAUUAAGCAUUAUAUAAAUGUAAUAUUAUAAUAAUAUAAUAUGUUAUAAUAAUAUAAGUAUAUUAUAUAAAUAUAAUAUAAUGUAAGUAUAUUAUAUAAGCAUUUUUUAAAGAAGACAUCUGAAGGCAGACCAGUAUUGGAAAGUUUUAAACAUUUAAUGUUUUAUUAUGUUUUUAUAUUCUGCUGGAAGCCACCCAGAGUGGGCAGGGUAUAAAUAAUAAAAUUAUUAUUAUUUGUUAUGCAGCAACAAGCCUGGGUUUGCCACUGAGUGGCAAGUGGGAGCUAACACCAUUCCUGGCUGUCCAUCACUGUCCGAUAAUAUGCAUAGUUUGAGCCACUCUGGCCUUCUUUUGGAGAAAGGGUGUUGUGUAAGAAUAAGGUGAUGAUGAAGAUGAUGAUAUUUGCAUUCACCCUUUUAUUUUUUAGCAAACUGGCCUGUAAUUACCAUGAUCCCCCACGUUCCCCACCACCACCACCACCACGCUUUUUAAAUAGCAUUUCAUUGCCAUUUUCUAGUUGUCAGGUAUGGAAGCUGAUCUUAGGGACAAAUACAUACUUUUGUUACUGGAUCAGCAAUUUCAUAUGAGUUCUCUGGGAACUCUCAGGUGGAUGCCAUCAUGCCAUCUGGACCUGGUGGUUUAUACCCUGCGUUCCAAUCAAAUGAUUCUCAAGGCAGUUUACAAGUAACAGCUUGUGAUAAUAACACAAACUCCGUUCCGCAUUCAAGCUCCCAAGAUUCAUACACGCACGCACAGACAGCCCAGCAGUGUUUCAUCCUCCAGGUGAUGGGUAGGACCAGCACAUACUUCCUUUCAGUUCUGCAUUCCUACGGAAACUGGAGCCAAGUGUUCUUUCUAGCAGUCCUCCAAGUGUGAAAUUGCCCCUGGUUGAGUCUUAUCCAUAGUUGCAUCUGCAUUUCUAACAGGGAAAUUUGAGAUACAUUUAACUGUUAAUUUGAAAUAUGCAUGAGCUUCAAUCUGCCUUUGAUAUUAUGCUGCUUGGUUUAAUUGUUCACUCUUGCUAUGUUGGAAGGUAACACAAUAUUUGGACUAUGAAGACCCACGGAAUCUUGCAGUUGGCAGCACUCAUGAAAUGACUCUCUCUGUUUUUGAUGAUGCAAUUCCGUCACACACAGGUGAGAAUUUUAAUAAGAAUCCAAGUGUUUCUUAGCAUGCCAUGCCUUUUGCUCUUCUGACCAUGUCCUCCUUUGAGAUUCUAGUGUGGGGAAUCCAUCUUUUCUCUAUGUCUUCUUAGGGUCCCCCCCCCAACUUGCCCCAACUUUAGGUUUGGAACCUUUGUUGUUGUUGUUGUUUAGUUGUUUAGUCAUGUCCGACUCUUCGUGACCCCAUGGAUCAGAGCACACCAGGCACUCCUGUCUUCCACUGCCUCCCCCAGUUUGGUCAAACUCAUGUUAGUAGCUUUGAGAACACUGUCCAACCAUCUCGUCCUCUGUCAUCCCCUUCUCCUUGUGCCCUCCAUCUUUUCCAACAUCAGGGUCUUUUCCAGGGAGUCUUCUCUUCUCAUGAGGUGGCCAAAGUAUUGGAGUCUCAGCUUCAUGAUCUGUCCUUCCAGUGAGCACUCAGGGCUGAUUUCCUUCAGAAUGGAUAGGUUUGAUCUUCUUGCAGUCCAUGGGACUCUCAAGAGUCUCCUCCAGCACCAUAAUUCAAAAGCGUAAGUUCUUCGGCGAUCAGCCUUCUUUAUGGUCCAGCUCUCACUUCCAUACAUCACUACUGGGAAAACCAUAGCUUUAACUAUACAGACCUUUGUCAGCAAGGUGAUGUCUCUGCUUUUUAAGAUGCUGUCUAGGUUUGUCAUUGCUUUUCUCCUAAGGAGCAGGCAUCUAUUAAUUUCGUGACUGCUGUCACCAUCUGCAGUGAUCAUGGAGCCCAAGAAAGUAAAAUCUCUCACUAGGACCAUGAAAUAGUAAGUGGCACUUUUGAGGCCCACUCUGCCUUGAUUCUGGGAAUGAAAUAUUGGCCAUAGCUUAGUAUUUAUUUAUCAUGACACCUGGAUCCCAUAUAUUGUCCAAGGAGCUCAAAGUGGUAUAUAUGGUUCUCCCUUCUCCAUGUUAUUCUUGCAACAACCCUUUGCAGCACAGUAAUUGGUUCAUGGUCUCCCAGAGAGUCUCGUGCUCCAGUUUGGAUUGAAUUAUGGCAUCCCAAGUCCUAGUCCUAGUCCACUCUAACCAACACACUGGCUCCCUCUGAUACAAUGAAGAUCUGGGCCUCUUGUUUCAAUUUACUCUCCUGUUGGUUGUUUUCCUAUUUGCUGUCAGCUGGGUGAAUUCUCAGGUUAAUAGUUGGAAAAUGCUGGUCUGCUUGUUCUUUUAUUAGUAACUGCUACGAUAAUUGUGGAAGUCUUACCUGUCAAUGAAUUUGGGCCGGCAUUUAGUAAAGCAGAUUAUGCGUUUGUUGUUCCUGAAACAGCUGGAGGUACGUCACAAUAUUUGAUUGUUCCUUUUUAAAAUUAAGUAAAAUAUAUUAACCGCUUUGCUUUAUAAAAAAAGCUCAGAGAAGCAUAUGAAUAAAGACACAACAAAUAAAGCAAAACUUGAGCAUAGCACGAGAGCUGCUGUACUAAACUUGAACCAGAAGCUCAAAAUAAAGAGAAAUUAAGUCAUAACAUGGCAAUGAUCAUUAUACUGUGAUAAUUGUAACACUGUAAUUAUAAAAUUAUAAAAAUUGCAGUUCUCUGUGUUAGUGUGUAUGGUUUAUUUUAUUAUUUUCUAUUUCUUAAAAAUUAUACUCUUAUUGUUUCUUGCUUAUUAUUAGUCUCCUUUGGAACUUAAAAUUACAUUGAAGGCAUGGAAUAGAAAUUGUGGGAAGGAAGGAAGGAAAGAAAGAAAGAAGGAAGGAAGGUUGUCACCUGCUCAUAAGUAUCCAUAAUUAUUCACACUUUUACUGGCCUUGACUUGAAAUUUGAACUGGAUAUCGUUGUCAUUAGUCAUAUUUCUCCACCUAGGCCACCAAUAUUGUCAUCUUUGACUGGAAGUAGCUCUCCAAGGUCUCAGGCAAAGGUCUUUUCUUUCACCAGCUACUAAAUUGUUGCUAGCGGGAGAUGUGGGGGAUCAAAUUUAGAGCCUUCUGUUUGCAGAGUGUGUGACCUGUGUACCACUGAGAUAUAGCAAUGGGCAUUGACUUGAAUCAGUUGAGGGAGGGUGGAAAUCAGGUAGGUGAAAAUAAAAAAAAUACAGGAACAUCACGAUGCUAUAACUUCCUUUAUAGCAGUGCCCAUAAAAAGGCCAAAAGAAUGAGCUGCAUUUAUUUAUUUUUUUGCAUUAGUACAAAAUUGCCUUGUAUGGGGUCUUGGUAACUAUAUAAUUUGAACACAAUAUAGCAAUCUGAAAUAUUUAAAGUAAUUUUCUCUGAUGAAGUUUGACACAUACACGGAUCCGCUGCUGACAGCAAAAGAAAAAGGCACACACACACACAUGAAAUUAGUUUCCUUUUAACCACCACCUCCCCAUCUUGUUUAAAAAGAUCCGAAACAGCUUCAUGAUAAACGGAAGAGCUCAAUCACAUUGUGCCGGAAGCCACGAGGGAAAUGCAAUUCGCUUACAGUAGUUUUUCAAGGAGAAAAGUUGGCAGCCUUUCAGGAGCCCUCAUAAUGGCUCUAUUUUAAACUCGAGCUUGAGAAGUGCUCAGGUUAGCUUUUUAUGCUUUAUUGAAAGGUUAAUUUCAUGCCCACGUAAAAGUAUUGGCUUUCUAUUAUGUUUAACAGAGUUACAAUGUGGAAAUGAGAGAAACUCUUAGUACAGUGGUACCUCGGGUUAAGAACUUAAUUCGUUCUGGAGGUCCAUUCUUAACCUGAAACUGUUCUUAACCUGAGGUACCACUUUAGCUAAUGGGGCCUCCUGCUGCUGCCACGCCGCCGGAGCACAAUUUCUGUUCUCAUCCUGAAGCAAAGUUCUUAACCCGAGGUACUAUUUCUGGGUUAGCGGAGUCUGUAACCUGAAGCAUCUGUAACCCGAGGUACCACUGUAUGUACUUGUGCAAUAUGAGCUGCAUUUUAAACCCGCUGUUGUGUUUUUUUGAGGGGAAGGGCUCAGUGGGAGAGCACCUGCUUGGCAUGUGGAAGAGUAAUUCACCAUCAUCUCCAGGUAGAAUGGGGAGAGGCCUCUGACUGAAGCCAUGGACAGCUGCUGACAGUCAGUGUGUAUACCGUACUCAAUUAGGUGGACCCAGUGGCCUGAUUUGGUAUACAGUGGUACCUCGGGUUACAUACGCUUCAGGUUACAUACGCUUCAGGUUACAGACUCCGCUAACCCAGAAAUAGUACCUCGGGUUAAGAACUUUGCUUCAGGAUGAGAACAGAAAUUGUGCUCCGGCUGCGCGGCAGCAGUAGGAGGUCCCAUUAGCUUCAGGUUAAGAGCAGUUUCAGGUUAAGAACGGACCUCCAGAACGAAUUAAGUACUUAACCCGAGAUACAACUGUAAGGCAUAUUCCUACGCUACACGCUUUGUUAGCAGAACCAAGGCCCAGUAGUGGACACCUUUCGUCUGACUGCAAAGGUUUCAGCUCAGGCUUCGUAGACAUAAAAGGUAGUGGAAACAUUUCUUUUUUCCUCCUCUUCUCCUUUGCCCACCCGUCACCCUUAAGUCCUGGGUCAUUUUACAAUUAAAACACAAUAUUAUAGGCAGCUUCAAACAACUUACUAUUCUAGAAAUUAGGUGGGUACUGAGGUGCACCUCUUUGACCUGGCUUUUGACGCUUGAGGUGUGUAUUCAGCAUUUGCCGAAAGCUAUAUAAAUAAUAAUAAUAAUAAUAAUAAUAAUAAUAAUAAUAAUAAUAUAUUUAUACCCCACCCAUCUGAUUGGGCUUCCCCAGCCACUUUGGGUGGCUUCCAGUAAAAUAUUAAAAUACAAUAAUUCACCACUUCCUGGUUCCCUGUAACUUCGCUUCUCGCAGUGAGGGAACUGCCAGAAGGCCCUCGGCAAUGGCCGGUCUGAGCGAUGGUAUACUGGGCCGAGGCUGUUUAGGGCUUUAAAGGUCAGCACCAACACUUUGAAUUGUGCCCGGAAACAUACUGGGAAUUGUGCCCUUCAAACGUAUGUAAUGAAGGUACCAGAUGCAUCUCUGUGGGGAAUGAGUUCCACAAUUUGGGGAUUACCACAGAGAAUACCCUCUACCUGAGCUUCUGAGGUUGGUGGAACAACCAAAAUGGCCCCCUCUGCUGAUCUUAACACCUUAGAGUGAAGGAGGUGAUUUUUUAGGUUUUGGGGGCCUAAGACCUUUAGGGGUUGGAGCACUAAUGUGAACACCUUGAAUUGGGGCUGGAAAUGAACUGGCAACUGGGGCAGUUGUUUUAAAACAGUUCACUAAUAAACAGAACCACGUUAGCUAGUCACUACUUGGUGUCUGCUUGCUGCAUUUACAUGAACACUAGGCACGCUAUUUCAGAAAUCCCAAACGGUUUCAGGCUGGACUCAUGUGGGUCUCGCCUAUGGACCUCAGAUUUUAAUCGGUCAGCAUCUCCUCCUGCCGUUGGUCUGGGCUCCUUUCAGUCUUAUUAUGUUCCAUUGCUCUGAACAUUUAAGAGGACACUGCGGGAAAAGGACAACGGUGGCAGCAACUUACUGAGAUCUGAUGCAGAUGCUGCAAAGAGGCGGAGACCUAUGUAUGGGAGGUAGGAUAGAAGCCAGGGGCCAGAGCGGAGCUGAUACAAAACAUUUUGCAGCUUGAAAGACAAGCUGGAAUUCCUCCCCAUUCCAUGUACGAAAGCUGUUUUGGCUGACAACUGAAUCGUACUUCAGCACUGCAGAUGGGAUAGCAUCCUCCAUGGCACCUGAGGAAGCAGAGCAGUUUAGGGAGGCCAGGACAGGCGACAAAGCAUACGCAAAUGUGUCCUCCAACAGAGGGUUUAGGAGGAAGAGCCAGACAGCUGCUGGUCUGAUGGUAUGGCCAGAGCCAAAUGCAACAGCCAAGGGUGGGGGGGACAACUUAAGUCCAUCUUUUACCCAAGCCAUUGAAUCUGAACCCACAGUUGCUUAAUCCGACCUCAAUUCCUGUUAGGGAAUACAAAUAUUAUCCUGGAAGUCCUUGUUUUGUGACAUUUUAGGGCUAUUUAGUAAGCAGUACACUAUAUGUGGCCUAGGACUCACGUACCUACAGGACCGCCUCUCCUGGUAUGCCCCGCGGAGGACCUUAAGGUCCACAAAUGACAACAUUUUGGAGGUCCCAGGUCGCAAGGUCAUUAGAUUGGUCUCAACUAGGGCCAGGGCCUUUUCAGUACUGGCCCCGACUUGGUUGAACCCUCUGUCACAAGAGGCUAGGGCCCUGUGGGACUUGACAUCUUUCCGCAGGGCCUUGACAUCUUUCCGCCUGGCCUUUGGUUUGGACUCAGUCUGACCUUUAUGUUUCCCUCCCCUUACGGUCUUGACUUAUCGGCUACUUUAAAAUGCUGCAUUCUAAAUUCCAUUUUAACCUGUAUUUUAAAUUGUUUUUUCCCCCUCUCUCUUUCCAUUAUUAUGUUUUUACUGUGAUUUUAUUGGUGUUUGCCGUCCUGAGCCCGGCUCUGGCCGUGGAGGGCGGGGUAUAAAUAAAUUAUUAUUAUUAUUAUUAUUAUUAUUAUUAUUAUUAUAUAAAUUAACAGCACCGAUCUCCAUAUUUAGCGACACGUGGAUCCUUCCUCUUCGCCCACCAUUCACCUUUGAGUUCUCUCCUUUGCCUGUAAACAAAAUGCCACGCAGCUAGUUCGGGGGAAGAUGCACCCCUAGAGUCUUUUGUAGAGAAAAGAAAUCCAAUUGGAGAAGAAUUUAAUGGUCAAUUACGCCGCAGUCUCAUCCCAACAGCGAUAAAUGCAGCUUAUGCCUUGUACUCAUUGUGAGGUAAUUAAGGAGCUCCUGUUUGUGUCAUUUUUGCCCUGUUAUAUGGCUAAAUAAGAAGGGAUUGCUAAUAAGCCUUACAAAGGCAGCACAGUAAUAGGCUCAUUUUCUGAGCGCUCGGCUUUCACUGUUGAAAAAGGAGAGGGCUCCACUUAGUCACUACUACAUUAAUUCCAGGUAAAUGAAAUCGAGUCUGAAAAUUAGCACUUGUAAAACACCACUGUCUUCUUACAGCUCACCAUAAAGUUGGACAAGUAACCGCCACAGAUGAAGACUACCCAUCAGACUGUGUGACCUAUAGAAUAGGCCAUGGAGGCAUUUUUUACCCCGUUGAGAUAUUCUGGUUGGAUCCAGUGUCUGGAGUGAUAGAACUGAUAACAGAACCAGACUAUGAAUCUGUCCAGCAGUACAGACUGAUCAUUGAAGCUGUUGACUGUGAUCUGUUUCAUCCCAGAACUGCUAGUACUGUAGUAAGUCUGAGUUAACAAUUCUUCUUAUGAACAUUAUCCAGCCAGUUCUUUUAACUUUCCUUUCUAUAGUAGCUGAAUUAUUGGCAAUCGGUCCACUAGAAUGGGGAAAUCAAAGGCAGGCGGGUGUCAUGCAAACCGUUUUAUUUCAUAGGGUACCAUUGCAAAGAAACUCUUGUGCCUUUGCCACACCAUUUUAAGAACUCCAAAGGUAGGCCUCGCCUUUGUUUUCACUGCUUCUUCCAAGUCAAACCAUCAACAUGACCGAAGAGCAAAACUCUCAUAUCACAUACCCCAAAGGAACUUAUUUAAUGGCUAGACAUGUAGUGCUGAGCAGUAAAAGUAGCAUUUCUUUUAGAAAAGAAGGAAAGGUAAAUUAAACUCUGGAAUUCUCUGCCACAAAAUAUGGUAAUGGCCACCAAUUUAGAUAUCUUUUCAAGGUGGAUUGGAUUGAGACAACAGUUUCAGGGCUCCCACAGGCAUCUGGUAGGCCACUGUGAGAAAAGGAUGCUGGACUUAUGUUCUUAUCACAAAUUAUGGGCUGUUGGAAAGAAUUCAACACAAGGGGUGUUUUUUUACGUGGUAGCUCCAUGCAUCAUAUGAAGCUCUGUCUUGAAAAGGAGGCAAGGAAGUCAUGGACGAAGAAUGAUAAUGUCAAAAAAUGGAAGGCCGUCUUAAAGGGUUGCAGAGGGUAGAGGCAGAUGCAGGGGGGCAAGGGAACAGAUGAAACAACUAAGAGUAGGGAAGGAAGGAUUACCUAGUGAGUGAUAUGGAGACAAUUACACAAAGAUCACUAGAUCUUACCACCAAAAAGCUCUUUGCAGUAGUCUGGUCUGGCAUCCUGCGAAGCAGAAGUAACCAGAAAACAACUUUCAGAAGAGCUCUAGCCCCAUCUUGCUGGUAAAGGUGUCUAUCCCAUGUGGAUUAGUGGAGGACGAGAAGUUGCCACUUUUCUUUUUUAAAAAAAUCAUUUUUAUUGCUUUUCCAAUAAAAAACAAUUAAUAUAUCCAAUCAUAAUACUCUAAUUAAAAUAAAAAACUAAAAUAAAAAAGACCAAAUUAUAGUCCAAAUUAUAAUUAUUAAUUUUUCGGAGCUCCCCACGGUCUGGAUCUCUGAAGCAUAUCUCCACAUCUCAGUUCUGCCUCUCCUUGCUGUUUCCAUAUUUUCCACAUCUCGAUUUUGACGCUUUAUAAUUCUCCGUCCCUGGGUCCACGAUUCUCAAUCAUGUCAAACAUCCGUCGAGUACAGCUUUAUUAGUAUAUAUUUUUCCAACUGUCUUUUUAUCAGUGUAGUUUCCUCUGACUCCAUUCCAAUCUGGGAUGUUGUCCAAGUCUGUUAUCUAAAGUUUAAUGGCACAGGAACUCCCAAUCAUUAAUUGUCCAAACCUUCCUUUAUAGCUUUAUUGAAUCAGUACCUUCCAAAUUAAAUUGUUAGGCAAAACUGUUUGCAAUAUUACAAUGUAGAUAAACUGUAUUCCAUAAAUAUCACUCAUUUGGCGAUCGAUCAGCCUUUGGAGACCGCACUCUCCCCCCUCCGGGCCCUAGAGGGGGGGCUGCUAGACACCACUUAGCCGAGAAGGGGCCACCUUUCAAAAGCACCCUGUGGCUGUGUGCCAGGCAUCAUGUCAGACCAGGAAAGCUCUGAACUCUGGAAAUACGAAAAGCUUCAUUUUGGGCUAGGGUUCUCAGUGGGUCUUGAGGAAAGAGACAUAUUGGAAUCGACACCCCAAAUUACAGCAUACUUUAUAUACUGGGUCAUGAGGGGCUUCAGUAUAAAAACACGAGUAUAUCAGAAAUGAGCAAAGACCUCCCCUUCCUCAUCUAGAGAGGAAGGUGUGGCUCUAUAUGCCAGUUCCCCUUUCUGUCAUGCAAAGUCAUGACGGUUAGCAUUGGAUGUCUUGGUCACACCUGGGGUCAGCUGGAGCUGCUGGCUGUUGCAACGGAUGCACCGCAAGCAAAUGGCUCAUCUGUUGAGCAUGUCUCUGUACGACUGUUCUGGCCCUAGCGGCUGGGAACAUUUUAAUUAACACCUACAAGCAUAGGAUUACUGUAACACAGAAAGCUCAUUCAUUGAUUAUAAAUUACAAGCUUGCAGCGUUUUCUUCUGUAACACUAGGGUGUAAUAAUGGUAGGUACAACAGAAUACAUAUUUUCAAGAGGGGGGGGCAUGUGGAACACAUAACAGCAGAUCGUGCCUAAGCCAAAGAAUCUGUUCUCAUUGGUUUUCCAUUUCUCCCUGUAAUAAUAAUAAUAAUAAAAUAAUAAUAAUAAUCCAGAUGCACUGCUCCUGCGAUCAUCACAAAGUAGUUAGAUUUGUUACUUAAAUUUAAUGACCUGAUUUUGGUGAUUUGGAUUAAUCCCACAGAUGUCAAGGAAGCUAAAAUCAGCAUAGCGAAAGAGCAGAACAGGUUGCAUAAAUCCAAGAAAACAAUUGCUUGCAGUGGGACACAUUAAGCCAGCUACUAGUAUAGUGGCCCAACAAAGCUCAAAUGAAUGAUGUCGCAGACUGCCCAAAAGAGGUGUGUCAAGUACCUGGCAAGCCAGAAUACAUGGCUUGCUGGGCCUCUUUUGGCUUGGCAGGGUACAAAAACUAAAGAAGUAUUUUACUGGGUGGGGAAAGAAAGUGUCUUAGAAGCUUUUACAGUGGUACCUCGGGUUACAUACGCUUCAGGUUACAAACGCUUCAGGUUACAGACUCCACUAGCCCAGAAAUAGUACCUCGGGUUAAGAACUUUGCUUCAGGAUGAGAACAGAAAUCGGGUUCCGGCGGUGCGGCGGCAGCAGGAGGCCCCAUUAGCUAAAGUGGUGCUUCAGGUUAAGAACAGUUCCAGGUUAAGAACGGACCUCCAGAACGAAUUAAGUACAUAACCAGAGGUACCACUAUACUCUCCUUACCUACACAAAUGCAUCUUUUUUUCUGGUGGAGAGGCAACAGUGAUUAAAGUACACGGACUUAGGCUGCAAUUAGUCUGCUCCAACAGGAGUUGAAGCUGUAACCUGUCGUGUAAAAUGCCUCUUGCUGUUUCUCUGUCCUUCUUUGAUCAGAGCAGCUUCUUCUCUGACUUCUGGAGAGCAGGUUUCUGCUUAAGCAAUGCCCUGUUGCUUGUGGACUUUUGUUGCGGUGAUUUAAAAAACGAUUUGAAAAAUUCAGCUGCACUGAUUUUCUCAGCAGCAGUAGCACUUUGCUAACGCUCUCUGUCUCCUACAUGCUGCUACAAAGCAGAUAAGCUAAUUACAGGUGUCAUGGGCCCUGAGGGCAGAUGGAGUUCAGUCAGCCAAGCAGAGACCUGGCCCUAGGGUGAUCUAGAAGUGCAGAGGCGAAGCGACCAGAAUAGGUGUCAAAUACAGGUGCUCAGUUAACACCAAAACUUCACCUUGGGACAAAUGUAUACGUCUAUGCUGCAUUUUUUAAAAUUAACAUCCCCUCCCCAAGUGUAAUGUAUCAGAGGAAUGCAGGAAGCUGAUAUAUAUCAGCUUGGACCUUUCAUCCACAUGGCACACCCUCCAACAGUUCUCUGAUGAAAAUAGGAAUGUCCUAUACAACAACAACAACUUUUAUACUGGCCCAUCUGACUGGGUUGCCCCAGCCACUCUGGGCAGCUUCCAACAUAUAGAAAAACAUAAUAAAACAUUAAACAUUUAAAAACUUCUCUAUACUGGGCUGCCUUCAGAUGGCUUGGGGGCUUGAAUAACGCCAUACCCUCCAACAUUUCUCCGAUUAAAAUAGGGAUGUCCUAAGGAGCAGGGGGACAUUCUGGGGUCAAAUCAGAAACUGGGAUGGCUUCUGUCCAUUGGGAAAAUAGGGACACUUGGAGGGUCUGAUAUGGAUCCCUGUACUGUCUACUCGGGCUGGCAGCAACUCUCUGGAAACUCAGGGUAAACUCUUUUCCAUCACUUGGAGUGGGCAGGACUUCAGAUACAGGACACCUUCAGGAGGACUGUUCUUUGUAAAACAGGACACCUGGCCAACCUAUUUGGAAGAGCAGCUGCCCCACAUUAACAUGCCAGUGUGGUGUAGUGGUUAAGAGCGGUAGUCACGUAAUCUGGGGAACCGGGUUCGCGUCUCCGCUCCUCCACAUGCAGCUGCUGGGUGACCUUGGGCUAGUCACGCUUCUCUGAAGUCUCUCAGCCCCACUCACCUCACAGAGUGUUUGUUGUGGGGGAGGAAGGGAAAGGAGAAUGUUAGCCGCUUUGAGACUCCUGAAGGGGAGUGAAAGGCGGGAUAUCAAAUCCAAACUCUUCUUCUUCUUCUUCUUCGUCCCUGAAAUACCUCUUUGGCUGUGUCUCCUUGUCCACAGUGGCUCUGGAAUAUUAAAUGAAUGCAUCCAAUCUGUGAGAGAAGCAGCAUGCUCCUGUCCCCUGAAUCUCCCACAUUAUGCAUUGAUAAGGACUGCUGUUUUCUGCACCUGUAGACUUGCUAGUGAGUGCCUAUUAGGUGGUACAGAGAGCUUUCCUCAUCCUUUAGCCCACAGGGGCUCAUUAUGCAGCCGGAUCUCAGUUCUUCAGGGUUUCCAAGUCAGAAGAUUCUGUUUCAGACUGGCUGGAGCUCCAGCAUCUUUCAUUUUAAGCCUGGAAUAAAUAUAAUUACUUAAAAAAAACUGCUAAGAGCCAUGCCUUACUAUUUCAAAUGCUAUUGUCUCCUUCUUGCACAAGUAGAUCAAGGAAGAGUGCUGGUACUUUCGGUUUUCCUUUGCUUGCAAACAACUGGAAAAUACCAUUACUGCUGUUCAGUCCCCACACCUGUAGGGGAAUAGCUUCCUGAAGCAAUUCUCUUUGAGAAUUAUUAAAGCAGUUUUCCCGAGGUGGAGGCAAGCCAGUGACUAUAUUUCACCUGGCUGCUUAACAAAGGCAUUAUGCCUCUGAACCCCAGUUGAUGGGGGCAAAAAUGCAGCUGAGCUCAUGUCCAGCUUUCAGGCUUCCUGGUGGCCACUGGGAGAACAGGAUGCUGGACUAGAUUGGUCCAGAAGACUCUUCUUGUGCAUCUUAAUUUUCUAGUGUGCUUCUGUGUGUUGCCCGGGGGCGGGGGGGCAUUGUUACAGUGUUUCUCAUCCAAAUGCUGUUCUGAGACAUGAUCUUACUGAGAUUACUCAUGAAUGUUUCAGGUGGGAAACCAUUCAUCAUCUCCGAGGCAAGUAACCCUUAGGCUGAGUCUGGCAUUUCCAGCUUGCUUGGUGUUUUGAUCUUUUCUGUGUAAAUGAACAUUGCCGAUUCCCCUGCCUCCCACCCUUUGGUUUAUAAUAUGUGAGUAGAACCUGCAACAGAAUGGAGGUGCAGAACACCAAACCUCACCACUGCCUCCCUCUCCCCAUCCCCAGUAAACAGCAGCAGCAUGGGUGAUGGGAGAUAUUAUUAUUAUUUCUAUAUAUUUAUUUAAUUAUUAUUAAUAAUCUAUAGGGACGUGGGUGGUGCUGUGGUCUAAACCACUGAGCCUAGGGCUUGCCGAUCAGAAGGUCGGCGGUUCGAAUCCCCGCGACGGGGUGAGCUCCCAUUGUUUGGUCCUAGCUCCUGCCCACCUAGCAGUUCGAAAGCACGUCAAAGUGCAAGUAGAUAAAUAGGUACAGCUCCAGCAGGAAGGUAAACGGCUUUUCCAUGCACUGCUCUGGUUCACUAGAAGCGGCUUAGUCAUGCUGGCCACAAGACCCGGAAGCUGUCUGCGGACAAACACCAGCUCCCUUAGAGCGAGAUGAGUGCGCAACCCCAGAGUCGUCCGUGACUGGACCUAAUGGUCAGGGGCACCUUUACCUUUUUAAAUAUCUAUACUGUCAUUCAUCCAAGGACCACAGUGUGGUUUACAAUAUAAAAAACACAAAAACACAAACCAUACUCACAAACAAAAGCAAUACCCCCUCAGUUUAAAAGGCCAUAGAUUGAUUAAUUAGCCAAAGGCCUGGGAGAAGAGGAAUGUUUUUGCCUGGUACCAAGAGAUACGUAAUGAAGGCACCAGGCGAGCCUCCCUGGGGAGAGCAUUCCACAAGUGGGGAGCCACCACAGAAAAGGCCCCGUCCUCAUGUUGCCACCCUCUGGACCUCUCGUGGAGGGCCUCAGGCAUUGAUUGCAGGGUCUGGGUUGGUUCAUAUGGGGAGAGGCAUUACAGUGAGCCCCACUCCUGCUACUGCCUUGACAGACUCAUCCUCCCUGAAUCAUCUCAUUCCUUUUUAUCUCCUCUAAGCAAGUAGACACCGCUAUGUCUUGUGACAGUCUUUCUUCCAGGGCGUUAGAUCCUGUUAGCAACAGUAGAUGAGCCAUGCCCCUUCAGCACUCUUCUGCAGGCCCCUUUUGUCUAUGAUUCUCUUGAUUUGCUGUUGUUUCUUUUAAUAGGUGACAAUAGAUAUCAGAGAAGAGAAUGAUGAAGCCCCCCUAUGCACACCCCUUACCUAUAGAGCAACAGUGCUUGACAGUACCUCCCCAGGAGCAAAUAUAAACAGCUUUCGGCUUACCUGCCACGAUAGAGACUCUGCUGAUACGUCAAUGCGGUUUGAGAUUGUUUCCGGUAAAAGUUCUGGCAUCACGAAAUGUCUCCUUACGGUUUUUGAUGUGGAACAACACUUUCCAAACCUCGUUGGGCUUAGCUAGGGUUGCAGUCUCCACCCUAACCACCAAAUGGAGAGGCUCUGUGCUUUGAAGAGCUGUGUGUGAGUCAUGCAGGAAUGCAAUAAGUGAAACCUUUUCUGGCAUGGAUAUGUGGUGGUGGGAGAAGAAACAUCAUUUGUUGAUUUCUGGGUUAUGGAUGGUUAAGGGCAUAGGUUCUCGGGCUUCAUAAACUCAUGGCUUUCCUCAAAGAAUCCCGGAAACCGUAGUUCACCCUUCGCAGAGCUACAGCUCCCAGCACCAUUUAAGAAACUACAGUUCCCAGGAUUCUUGCUGGGUGGGGGAGUCAUGCUUUAAAUGUUUGGUGUGUACACAGGAUUAGUUCCAUGAAAUUAUAGUACACUGUAAUGCCUCUCAGGCCAUCGUAACCACUGACAUUCUCAAGAGGGAAGAACAAUUCCCUGCCCCUGCAAGCCUAGUUUGUACCUUUGUUUGACUUCUGCUUUUCAAAUGUGCAUCUUUUAUGAAUAUUCAUUUUAAAAGGAACCAUUAUUACCAUCAUUCUUAAAAUCAAUGCUUUCCUGAAUUUUGCGUAUUUUGAAAGAGGAAGCACAUAUAUACAGACAAAAGAAGAUAAUUAAAAGGUACUAUUAUUGCCAUUGGUGAUACCACUAAAAGUGCAUUCAUUGUAAACCUUUUUGUAUAAAAAUACACCCGAGAUAAGAUAAAAUUUAGAGGCAUUUAGAGGCAUUCUAAUCUCUCUUUCUGUUCUUCACACAAAGGAAAUGGUGGUAACCAUUUUGGUUUUGACCCAAUUCGAGGGUCCAGUUCACCGCAACUGAUUGUGAAAAGCCCUUUUGACUUUGAAGAUAGAAUGGACAUGCAGACCCAGUAUCAUCUUGUGGUUCACAUUAUAGAUGACAACUUGUACAAUAACUCUGUCUCCAAAGCUAUGACAGGAACAGUCCUGAUAGAUGUUUCUGUGGUUAGAACCAGGACUCCUCCUCCAACAACGCCAUAUUUUGAUGUAAGUAGUACUUUGUGUUUAUCAAAGACCAAUUGAAACAAAUGGGUAUCCAAUGGGAAAAAAUGCUACUCAUUGGUGAGAAACCUAUGGCUGUCUUGUCUUCUUUGGCAAUCACUCAUAGCCAAGUAAGAUUGUCUUCCAUAAACACGGUCUUAACAGUGAGUCCGUAAGUGACUGUGGAGGCCAGUUCUGGAUCCACAAGUCCUUCCACAGUGGGGAGAUAGGUUUCCGGGUGGGAUGUUGACCACAGUGAGGGUUUGCCAAGUGUGCCUUCCUCUUAGCACAUUUCUCCCUUGCGUCCUGAGUUCGAGUGUCUUCAAAGUUCAUGACACCUUUGGCAAAGGCUGUUCUCCAAGUGGAGCACUUGCAGGCCAGUGUUUAUACUACAUUUAAUUUUUUUUGUGCCUUGAAACAGUUUUUAAACCUCUUUUGUUGACCACCAGUAUUAUGCUUUUCAUUUCUAAGUUCAGAAUAGAGUAGUUUGCUUUGGAAGUUGAUAAUCAGGCAUCUGAACAACGUGAUCAGUCCAACAGAGUUGAUGUUGAAGAAUUGUUGCUUUGACACUGGUGAUCUUUGCUUCUUCCAGUACACUGGCAUUAGUUCGCCUGUCUUCCCAAGUGAUACGUAAUUUUUUUUCGGAGACACCUUUGAUGGAAUCUUUUGAGUAGUUGGAGAUGGUGUUUAUAAGUGGCCCAUGUUUCACAAACAUACAGUAUCAUCCAGCUCAAUGGUGUAACGUUGGAAAGUGUCUAUACUUUCACCUGGGCAGUUAUCUUUCCUAGGGGCCAAUAUUGAUGCCAAAAUCCAGCAUCGCCUGUGAGUGCAGCUUUCUCCCAAUUGAAGUGCAGCUUGUUUGAGGACCGGGACAUUUGCAAGGAAACCAAAAUGCUUGUUUACAAAGCUAUUGGACUACCAGCCUGUGGCUGUACAAAUACUGUUAGACUACAAAAUCCCAUCAUUCCUGACCACUGGCCCUGCUGGCUGCGGUUUAUAGGAGCUGUAGUUCAACAACAUCUAUGGAGUCAUAGGUUCCUCAUCCUUAUUUUAGAGUAAGGGUGAAUUGCAAGUGGCCCCUGAACAUUGCAACUCAACUAACUUACCCAGGACUCAGCUACACUCAGUCAGUUAUAUCGUUGUAACUCCAUUGUAAAGAUGUGGCACCAGAUGGCGCUGUAGAGCACAAAAUUUGUCUAUGCGAUUCCACAUAGGGUUUUUUCUUUUGCUAUAACAAUCUAAUUUAGGACUUAAUUAUAGCAUUCCCACCCCCGUGUGUAGAUCCAGCCCCAAAGUCAGUUUAUUAAAAUGAAUGGCCAUGACUAACUUAGGUCCAUUAAUUUCAAUGAAUCUACUCUGAGUAGAAACUACUCAAAUCCAACCCCCUGCCUUCCCGUAGUGCUUUUCUUUGAAUUACUGAUAUUCUAAGAAAUCCAAAAAAUAAAGGGCCUGGGUCUCAUUGUUCAGAAGACUGAAUUAGUUACAGAAGAUGCAGUUAACAAACUUUCUUUCCUUGGGGUAGGGGGGUGCAUGGGGGAUAUGUUUGUUUUAAAGAUAACAAGUCAAACUCUUUCUGCUUUUGCAAUCCCCGCCUGGCAAGUGCAGGUGUGGGGAACAACUCAAAUUGACUCUUCCUUCUUAUUAAAAGUCAGGAGGCUGUUCAGAGCCACUCAAUAUCCUGGCUGUCAGCCACACUUAUGGCUUUGUUCAGCGAAUGCAACAGAGAGCCCACAGCAAGAUGACUAUAGUGGAGAUGGAGGGGGACACUUUUGCCACAGCGUCGGCCUCAGACAGGCUGCCAAAUCUCGUGAAAGGACAGUCUUGAAUACUUCUGUUUAUUUGGUUGCUAACUUGAGCAUAAAAUUAAAAAGGAAUGUAUUCCUUAAUUGGUUAAAAGCAGAAUGUAGAAAUCCCAGAGGGGGAUUAGCUGUAGAAUGGCCAAAUUGGAUGUAACCUCCUUGAGUUUUCAGCCCUUGAGGAGUUGUCAAUUUUUAGCAGUGUUUGGCACAAUGGCUUUGAACAAACUUUGUUAAAGGUCUUUAUCAAACAACAUUCAGGACUAGUGAUGUUGGUACUAUGCUUGAAUUCCAAGAGGACUCCCCCAACCCACCCGCCCACCUGAAAUCAUUUAGCAGCUGCCCAGACUUUCAGUCUGGUCCCCUGACUCUACCUUUUCCCCAAUAUUCCUUUUUGUGGCCUUGCUGGCUAUGCCACAAUAGGAAGGCACAACUCUCAUAGCUGCACAUGUUAGGUACACCCCUCCGCCUAUCUAUAAAGGCUAGGGGUGGAGGAGAAAGCUCAUCCAGUUUCUAUGCAAACCUGGCUAAUUCACAUUUCCUGAACUGAUACAUGAACCAAAAGGCAGCUAUCCUUCAGAAUUUGUGCUUCUCCAAAUAUUGUAGCGCAGAAAAUGCAAAGAUAAAUGCUUACAUUUUGAAAAGCGCAGACAAAAAAAUGUAUAUAUAAGUCAAAAUAACGCAAAAAUAUCAUUGUACUAGGGGAAAUCAGGCACAAAAAUGUGUUUUCCUGUGAACUUAAAAAUAAUAAUUUCGAAGUGAUGAAGGAAUGGGGCAAACUCAAUUUAAGAUUUGGGGGGGAAAUGAGAUAUUUGAAGAAGCCAAAAAUGACAUAUUCAUCCAUCCCUAGUGAAGGCUGCACUAGGCCAGUGGACUGGGGGAGUUUGCUCAUGCAAUCAGGAAGUGCUCUUAAUUCUGUGUACCUUAUCUGUAGGCUUGGGAUGUGAGCUGGGGGAGUGAGGCAGAAAAAAAUAAAUCUGUACAGCAUUAUUAUUAUUAUUAUUAUUAUUAUUAUUAUUAUUAUUAAGACCCUGCCCAUCUGGCUGGGUUUCCCCAGCCACUCUGGGUGGCUAGCAACCAAAUAUUAAAAACACAAUACAGCAUUAAACAUUAAAAACUUCCCUAAACAGGGCUGCUUUCAGAUGCCUUUUAAAAGUAAGAUACCGUAUUUUUCGCCCCAUAGGACGCACUUUUUCCCCUCCAAAAAUGAAGGAGAAAUGUGUGUGCAUCCUAUGGGGCGAAUGCAGGCUUUCGCUGAAGCCUGGAGAGCGAGAGGCAUUGGUGGGCACCGAGCCCUCUCGCUCUCCAGGCUUCAGGAAGCUAUCCCCAAGCCUUGCAAGCCUGGUGGGAGUUCCCGCGGGCUCACAAGGCUUGCGGGCAGCAGCCUGCAGCCCCGGCGAGUGUCCACAAGCCUUGCGCGCCCGGCAGGAGGUCCCGCCGGGCGCGCGAGGCUUGGGGCGGCAGCCUGUCGCCCGAAGCACGGGGAGCCCUCUGGAGGGUUCCCCGUGCUUCGGGCAGGUGUGCGCAAGGCUUGGGGCGGCAGCUGCGGCGGGGGGGGAUAAAUUUUUUUUAUGCAUUUCCCCCCCCAAAAAACGAGGUGCGUCCUAUGGGCCGGUGCGCCCUAUAGGACGAAAAAUAUGGUAGUUGUUUAUUUCCUUGGCAUCUGAUGGGAGGGCAUUCCACAGGGUAGGCACCAGUACCGUGAAGGCCCUCAGUCUGGUUCCCUGUAACCUCACUUCUCGCAGGCUGAAUGAUGGUGGUGGAGAUGCUCCUUCAGGUAUACAGGACCAAGGCCUUUUAGGGCUUUAAAAGUCAGCACUAACACUUUGAAUUGUGCAUCAACAACAAUGCCUUUGUUUCUGCAGUGUCUUUAUAUACACAUUUUAUUGCAUGUUCCUCAUGACUUGAAAUCCCAUUCUUGGGGUAGAUUAUCCUAUUUAAACACUCCUGACAUGUCAUUUUUGUGUUCUGAAUAGUUUCCCACCCCCAGGCACAUUCUUUUAGUUAGUCUUAAUCACACUUCCCCAGAGCCAUCCUACAGUGUCUUGUGUUGUUGUUGAGAUUUAGCUUGGAUUUCCCAUGCACUGCAUCAAAACUAAAAUGGUUUCAGAGAUUCCUCUCUCUCUCUCUCUUUCUCUCUCUCUUUCUCUCUCUCUCUCUCUCCCUCUCUCCCUCUCUCCCUCUCCCUCCCUCCCCAUACAGCCAAAGAAAGGUCUGACCAUUGUAUACACAUCAGUCAACACAUUCCGUUCUGAUAAUUGGUAUGUUCCAUUCAUCUUCACACUGGCGGCAAUUAUGGCUGUUGGAUUGCUUGCUUGGUGGUUUUUUCUGAUAUGGAGAUAUGGCGGGUGUAAGGAAGCAUGUCUGAAACAACGGACCAAAACUCCCAGGGAAAUAAAAAGGUAUGUCUUUUGACAUAAUGGCCAGAAUCCAAAGAAUGAAAAUCUGUGGAAACCUGUGAAGGACAGGAAGAUUGUGCAUACAAUUAGAGUUGGGAUCCUUUGUGGCAGUUCUGUUUUCUAUGGAAAAACGGGGGGUGGGGGGGGGCAGAGGUCUUUAAUACCAGUCUCGUAGCCUCCCUUGUUGUGCUACCAUUUCCCACCUCAGACAGACUUCCAUAAGCCAAUCUGGUAAGUUGAUUCAAGGACCUGAACUUUCAGCCGCCAGUGAAAAUAAAUGCUGGGUCACAUUUUGAUCCACCUGCUGCAAGCAUCUGCGAGAAUUGAUGCCUUAUGUUCUAUAUACAUGGAAGUAAAAGUAUUUGCAAUAUGUCUUACUCCUAUUAAAUGUCUUUAUGUUACAGAAUAAAGAAAUAUAGUUUAGGUAAGUCCUUCUGUGGAACUAUAAAUAUUGUUGCUAUAAUAUUUUUUUUGUUAUAUCCAUAUAAUGGAUAAUAUGUGUGUCUGUGUUCAUUGAUUUUAUUCCCAUAAGUAAAAUGACUUUUAUUGUUGAUACAGGAAGCCAGAAAGAAAACAUGGAAGUGAUAACAGUGAGUAGUAUUGUGACACUGGUUGAAAAAUGACACAACCGGUAAAGAAUUUUAUUAUGAAAGUUCACAAUAAUUAAAUAAGUAUACCCAUUUUUGCUAUGAGGUCAAAGUCCAGUCAAAUUUGGCUAUGGGGUGCAACACUCAUCUCAGCUUUCAGGCCGAGUGAGCCGGCGUUUGUCUGCAGACAGCUUUUCUGGGUCAUGUGGCCAGCACGACUAAGCCGCUUCUGGCGUACGAGACGCCAUGAUGAGUGCCGGAGCAUACAGAAAUGCCAUUUACAUUUCCGCCGCAGUGCUACCUAUUUAUAUACUUGCACUGGUGUGCUUUCGAACUUCUAGGUUGGCAGGAUCUGGGACAGAGCAACACGAGCUCACCCCAUUGCACGGAUUUGCACUGCUGACCUUAAGAUCAGCAAGCCCAGAGGCUCAGUGGUUUAGAUCACAUCGCCACCCGUGUCCCAGUAAAGAAAAUAUAUAUAUACAGUGGUACCUCGGGUUACAUAUGCUUCAGGUUACAUACAUCGGCUUCAGGUUACAUAUGCUUCAGGUUACAUAUUCCGCUAACCCAGAAAUAUUACUUCGGGUUAAGAAAUUUGCUUCAGGAUGAGAACAGAAAUUGUGCUCCGGUGGUGUGGCGGUGGGGGGAGGCCCCAUUAGCUAAAAUGGUGCUUCAGGUUAAGAUCAGUUUCAGGUUAAGAACGGACCUCUGGAACGAAUUAAGUACUAAACCCGAGGUACCACUGUAGAGAGAGCCAUCACUUCCAUUAAAGCAAACGUGGAACGUCUGCAUCAGCCCUAGGCAGCAUGGCCGAUGGUUGACUAUUAUGAGAGUAGUAGCAAAACAACAUCUGAGGAGCUAAAUAAGCAAAUAUUCCCCCUCCCUUUGACUUCCCCACCCAAAAGUCUGGUAUCAGGCUGUUGCAAAUCAGCGGUGGGUGUGUCCAGCAUCUUCCUCUAGGGAUGGUCCAGCAUCUCUCCUCUUCCUUCAGUGGAAAUCAGCAUCAAGGCAAAGAAGGGUGCUGGUUCAAAACUUUUACCUGCUUUGCAGUUGGUCUGGCUGCUGCUUCUCUCCUGCUGCAGCUGCUGGUGAGGUACUGAUGUUAAUGGAAACCAAGUCAUUUCUUAAUUAUGAUGUUUAUGAAACUUGACUGCUAUUGUUUUCACUUCAGGAAACCUCCACUUAUGAAACUGUGUUCAAUGGAGAAGCCAAAGAUCCAGGUAAUAUAUCCUCCCUAGGAGGAAUGUGGGGAGCGUUCACGCGACACACCGACACACAGUUUGGAAAGCUCUGAUAUAAGGAAACACACUAACACAGAGAGAUCCAGCCUGUAUAGCAAAUCUGUUUCCUUUUCCGGAGCUCAACUGUACCAAUCUGGUCAGUAUUUGAGGAGUAAGAUGAUUUGCAGCAAUCACUUACACAUGCCUUCCAUGGGUUGUAUGGAAAUACCUUUCACAAAAUCCUUUCGCAGUAGAUGGUGCCACCAGGCCUCCUGGACCUCACUUAUUCGUUUCCUUCAGUACUUCGUAUUCAACAGCUACUAACUAUGAUGACUGUGUUCUUUUUCCACUCUGAAUACCAGUUACUGGGAAUUACAAAGGAAGGACCCUGCUUGCGGGCUUCUCAUAAAUAGCUCAGACAGUAGAGCAUGGGACUCUUAAUCUGAGGGCCAUGAGUUCGAGCCCCACGAUGUUCAAAAGAUUCCUACAUUGCAAGGGGUUGGACUGGAUAACCCUCAUGGUCCCUUCCAACUCUAGGUUUCUAUGAUUUGGUUGGCCAAUGUGAGAACUGGAUGCUGGACUACAUGGGAUAUAGGUUUCAUAAAGCAAGGCACUUCUGAUAUUCUUCAUCAAUAUGAAGCAAAAUUUUCAGAAAUGAAACUAACUUUGCAUUCAUUCUACUCACAGGUAAUAAUGCAACGUUGCACCAUUUUUCUUUUCUUCCUUAGUCACAGGAAAUCUCUAUCAGUAUAACAGCAAGUCAGGAGCAAGAAAGUGGAAGGUCCCUCAAGAACCCAUCAGAAACAAUCUGGAUCUCACAAGCAUAUCUUCGGUGCCUCAGAGUCUCUCUCCUGAAAAGAACAUGCCGAUGAAAUUCCCUAAAGAUCCAUAA